UCGGGAAGGAGGGAGGGGGAAAGAGAGAGAGAGAGGGAGAGAGAGAGAAAUAACCGGGGGAGGAGGAGACGGAGCCUGGCUCGAGCUGGCUGGCUGUCUCGAGAGGAAGGAUCAGAAGCGAGAGCUGCCCAAGCGCGCCCCCCCUCCAGCCAGCCCGGCGGCAGAGGCGCACUGGGGCUCUCCGCUUAGGUGACCUCCCCUCAUCCCUCUGCCUUGCAAAAAAAGCUCUCGCCCUACCCCGAAGGUUUUUUCCAUUUUAUUUGAAAUCCCCCCCUUUCUUUUUUUUGCAAAAUCGCGGAGCUGCAAAAGGAGAGCCGGGAAGGAGGAGAGGGAGGAAGGAGGGAGGGAAGAAGAAAAGAGGUGGAGGAAGAGCGCGAGAGCGCGCAGCCAAGCUCCGGGCUCUGCUGCUGCGUUUCGGGAAAGGAAGAAGGGAACGGAAAAAGGAAGGGAGGGGAAGGCAAGAGCCAGCCCAGGCGAAAGGAACUGGGUGGAUAGUAAACCCCCCCCCCCCGCCUUGCCUCCGCCGCCGCCGCCGCCCGGUUCCUCCUCUGGCUUUCUGCUGCGUGCUUGUGUGUGUCGACGAGAGAGGCGAUGCUCCUGCUGGAAGGAGGAGGCGGAGGGCAAGCGGCGCAGGCAGCCGCCAGACGCAAGAGCUGAGAGCGGCAUUGCCGGAGAGGCGGAGGAGGGGCCGGCGACACUUUUUCCGCCGCUGUCAUUAAGAGGACCGUCCUCGCUCACUUCUCCCGGAUUCCUUUCGCUCGCCGACGGUCCCCCGACCCAUCCUUCUCCUUCGCCCCUGGAACCAGAGGAGAAGGGGGGAGGGCAAGGAAAAAGCUGGCGGUGGGUGGAGAGAUCUUUUAAAGGGAGAACUUUGAAGGGGGGCCGGAAUCCUGCGUUUUAAAAACUCUCCCUUUCUUGCUCGGAAAAGGAAGCAAGCAAGCGAGGGGCCACCCCGCCAGGGAGCAGCAAGAUCAAAGCGCGUUUGGGAAGGGCAGACGCCGCCAGGGAGCGACCGGAUCAAGGUGCUGCGAGCUGAUCCGCAGAUCGGGAGAGAGCUGCUCCUGCAAAGCUCUGCUUGGAAGAAGAGGCAGGCGAACAAAAACAGACCUAUCGGGGCGAAAAGGAACGGGGAUCUUUGGAUGUUUUACUGUGGAUUCCCCCCCCCCCCUUCUCGACCACAGAAUUUUCUUCUUCCUUCGAAACGACCAGAUCUAAAUUAUUUUCUCUCUUUUUUUUUUAGUUUUUGGCUCGCCCCCAUCCCCAUUUUUGUAAACACCAGGUUUCCUCUUCCCCCUUCUGCACUUUUGGGCUGGAUUUAGCACCUACUCUGAUCACCUAAGGAUCUAAAAUCUUGUGCCUUUUUUUUUUUUCAACAUUAAAGAAAAUAUUUUUUUUUGUUUGGAAACGAAACUCCCUCCGCAUCACCUCGCCCGAGGGCUUCUCCUUUGAACCACCGCUGAAGAAAAUACUUCCAUAUCCCGUGGAGUUUCUUUGGACCGAGGGAGGGGGGCAGAGGGCAUGUUUCGCUCUUCCCAAAUCACCCCAGACCCCUUUCUUUGCCCCUUAGUGGAUAACCACCCCACCACACGCACGCUUUAAAGAAACUGUAGGGGUUUCCUCCUCUUUGCUGUUGUUUUUGUGGAUCUAGAAGGAUUUGCGAAGAGAGGGAGCAAGGCAGACUUGAACCCGAGCCUUUCCCCAAGAGACUGGCGCAUGCUUCACCUUGCUUCGCCUGCGUCUCCCGCAGCAGGCAGCGCGCGGCGGCCGGCGCCCCCAUCUACCCCCGGCUCCGUCCUCUGUUUCCACUUCAUCCCCAUCAUUUCAGGCUGCUUCUACUGGCUGCCUGGACUCGGCUCCCGGAUUCUUCAUGAGUUGCGGACGACAUGCCCGUUUUUUAGCCGGGGAACCUUCUUCUCGUCCCGCAUGUUCAGGACCAAACGAUCGCUGCUCGUCCGAAGACUCUGGCGGAGCCGUGCGCCCGGCGGGGAGGAAGAAGGCGGCGAGCUUGGAGAGGGGGCCGCCGACAGCCGGGCGCAUGGGGCGGGCGGCGGCGGCGGCGGAGGAAGCCGGGGUUGCUGCAUGGGCAAGUCGGGGAAGCUCGCCAAGGCACACCUCGGAUCGGAGGCUGAACUGAAAGCGCUGACCCACUCGGUGCUGAAGAGGCUGAAGGAGAAGCACCUGGAGGGCCUCCUGCAAGCCGUGGAGUCCCGGGGGGGCACGCGGACCUCCUGCCUCCUGUUGCCCACCAAGGUGGACUCCAAACUGGGCCAGCAUUGGUACUCGCUCCCUCUGCUGCUGUGCAAAGUCUUUCGGUGGCCCGAUCUCAGGCACUGCUCGGAAGUCAAGAGGUUAUGUUGCUGUGAAUCUUAUGGGAAAACGCACCCGGACCUGGUCUGCUGCAACCCCUAUCACCUCAGCAGGCUCUGUGAACUAGGUAGGCACUGCUUUACAAAUAACCCCUUACACCCCCACCCUCAAAAAACCCCCUGAGUGCAUCGGGGUGUGUGUGUGUUUUGGACGGUCAAAAAAAAUAAAAUAAGGGAGAAAUGUCAGGCCUUUGCAUUCCAAGUCUUGCAGCCUUCAAGUUGCUCUGGGUCUUUGUGGUGCAUUGGAAUUUUUUUUCGGGGGGGGCACAGGCUUGCAUCAUUCCCUGGAAAUGUUGAGAUCUGGAAUUAAGGGGCGACCCAUAUUAUUCGGCCAGGGACCCAGUUUAAGUAGGGUACCUCCCUGUGCCCAUUCCAGCUUUGUUUUGUUUUUAAAAGUUACAAGCUUUGAUGCCCUGUCAAAGAAAAGCCCUGUGUUUUUGUUGUGCAUCAGAGGCUUCCCAUAUAUGUCUGUUUUCCUAAGUUAAAAAAUAAAUAAAAUACCCAGGGAGAUUUUUAAUUUUAGGUUUGAAAGAAGCCCAAAGGGAAUUUUCUGUGAGUAGUCAGAACAGUAUCGGACAACCUUUUCUCUCUCUAUUGCAAACCUGCCCAGUUCUGGGUUUUAGUGUUUGAAGUUCGCGUUGGACCUGCAAUCAGGGGGAAUGAAGAAAGCAUGCAACAAUGACAGAAGGCUCUCCCACCCCCCACACUCUGUAAAUAAAUGCAUUUUUUAAAACCCAGGCCAUUAGUUUAAGGUGACAUCAAACAUUCCUCUGUGUUUUCUUAGUGUAGAUUUACUAUUUAUGCAAAGGAGCUGUAACGCAUAGUGCAGGAUCAAAGAAGUCCUGAUUGGUUUUUGGAAAAUACAUCCCCAGAUCCUCCGGUUUUUUAACAUACAGAUCUCCAGCCAGCCUGAGGUUUGCAAAAGUAAUCCAACACUUUGCUGGCCAGCCGUCCCCAAUAUUCUCCCACUCAGCCCUCCUUCGCUGCUAUAAUAUAAAAGACAACACACAAUUUCCAGGCACCAAUCUUCCUUCCUCCUCCGGGCAGGCUGCCUUUUGGUUUCCAAACUGGAAAGGUUGAAGGGGGGUGGGGUGGGAGAGAGAAGAAUCCUCAAUGCAAACCCUUUUUUUGUGUGUGCUUCUGAGUGUAAAGUUCACAGCCUGCAUCAAGUUUUGUGUAUGUGAGUGAGUGAAAGAGAGAGAGAGAGAUAGAGAACUGCUUUGGUAUGCCUUAAGUCAUGCUAGCGACCCCUCUCUCCCACCCACCCCCUCUGAAAACCUCGAGGCUGCAAACUCCCCCCACUCUGACCCCCUUCUUCCCAAAACCGCUUGCAAAAACUUUGGCACAACUUUUGAGCGGCGCAGAAGAAAACUGUGCAGUUAUGCAGGGCCGGGAAGUUCUUUUGCUGCUGCUGCUGUUGUUCUUUUCAAAGUGGGAGGAAAAUGUGAGUCUUGAAUUCUGUACUUGUAUCUCUCCCUUCUCUCCCCCCCCCCCAGCCAUCCCACCCGCCCUCUUUCCUCUCCCCACUCUCCCCCCCCCCCCCAGGCUUUCUGUGAAAUGUUAAAUGUGCAUGCGGAGAGCUAGCCGGGGAUUAUCAGGGAGCCGGGAUCAGUUGGUGAUUUCCAGAGCUGGAGUGUUUCAGCCCAGCCAAGGAGGCCCCGCUCGAGACAGCCAGAGGAGCAGAUAGUGCGAGCGACUGGCGCCAGCCGGCCCCCUUUGUUUAUCUGACAGUUAAAUAUCAAGGCAAUCGCCGCCUAGCUUGCCCUGCCUCCAACCCCCAGAGCUAAGACAAACAGUUUUGCUACAAGAAUGCCACUGUUAUCAUAAGUUCCUAUCUUUCUCUCUCUCUUCCCCCCUCCUCUCUUCUCAUGGCUCUGCUUUUAUUUUCUCUGUACUUUUCUAAUUCCAGAGUCUCCCCCUCCUCCUUAUUCGAGAUAUCCAAUGGAUUUUCUCAAACCAACUGGUAAGUAGACUUGUUUUUAAAACAAACCGAACUUUUUUUGGGAUGGGAAACUUGGAAACUUUUUUUUCCUGGGAAGGCGGUUCUCUCCCCACAUUGCAUGCUCAUGGCUCUUUCCUUACGAUUGUAUUGUUUUGUAUUAUUACUAUUAUUAUUAAGAAUCCAUUGGUUUGUUUCGCUUUUUUCAGCUCUUGUUUGCUUUCCUAGCACUCCUACACAGUUAAUCACAAGCAAUUCCGCAUUAAGAUAAGUGGGAUUUGCUCCUGAAUAAGUGUGGAUUGUGGGAUUUUAGCCUUUGUUCUUUAAACCCACCAGCUUUCACAAGAAGAGUCUGCCACGGGUUUUUCUAGAGAUCUAAGUAUAUUUGCAUCUUAAGUCCAAAAGAGAGGCUGCAGAGGAACAAGCAUUCCUCACCUGUUCCUGCACAUAAUUUACUCAGAUGUAAGACCAAAGUGAGUUCAGGGGAGACAGACUCUCCCAACUUAAACCUGCAGUCCAAAUCUUUCAAGCUCUUCCCUUAAAAACAAAAACAAACUUGGUUUCUGUUAAAAUGCAGUGCUUCAUGUCAUCCUGACAUUUCACCUGUAAUGUUUUAGGAGGAGCAGAAGGUGGAACAAUAGAAAACUAUUUAUUUUUGAUUGGUGAAUAAUGGAAUGAGUGGAUUUCGAGUAAUACGGGUUUCCUGAAACGUCCUAUUUGUUAUUUCACUUUUGCUUGAAAAUCCUGCUUUUGGCACAAGCAAGAGCACACCGAAAAAGAAUUAUGAAGGGGCACACAGAUGUUUUUAGCACAUUUCUCCCUGCAUCCUUGGUUGCUUGUAAUUGAAUGGCAGGCUGCCAGGGCAGAAGCCCAUUCGAGGCUGGCACCAAACGCUGUUGCGGUUGUCUGCAUAAACUUUUGGCUGGCAGCAGGGCUCACCCUGUGCUAGAUAAAUAGGCUGGCAUUGUGGAAGAGAGAGAGAGAGGGUUUAGUGAAAAUCGGAAAUGUGGAUGAAACUGAGGGGGGAGGGAAAUAAAAUUCCACAAAGCCACUUCAUAUCUCUCCCAAAGAUUAAUGGACCAAAAUACAGAUUGCAGAGCAGUUGUCUCUAUUGAUUACAUCCUGAUGUCAAGUCGAGUCAAUAGAGUUAGCAAGGUUUUUAAAAUUGACUUCUUUGUAAAGGCCCAGUUUCAGGCAGUACCAGGAAACUAGUCUCUGCUCCACCGAAGUAAAACUUGUUACUGUUCAUUUCCCUGGAUCUGGCUAGUUUGUCAAGUUUAAACAUGGUUAAUCCCCAGGGAUGUACAAGAUUGCAGUUUCCUUCCUCAGUGUUUUCGACCAUGUUAGGCUGUAAGCUGCUUGCGGGCAGAGACCUUUAUGAGAGCUGUUGUAGUGUAGACUGAGCUAUGAAUCAGGAAGUGCUUAGUUCAGUUCUUUGCCAUGAACGUGGCCUCCAGCAAAUCACUCUCAGCCUCAAUUCCCCCAUCUGCAAUUUGGGGCCUAAUAACACUGUCUUGCCUCUCUUCCAGGGUUUAUUAGGAUUACAGCUGGAUAUUGCAUGUGAAACACUUUGAACCCUUGAAAGCACUAUGCUGCUGUCCAGUAUUAUAAACAACAACAAUAAUUUCUUAAAAUACUAAAAGUGAUUGAAUCACAGCUGUGGACACCCUUUCCCCCCGCUUUGUUAUUUUUGUAACUUUAUGUGUGUUGAGGUGUUUAGCUCUCUUUUGGCCUUCAGUUCUUCUGCAGGGAGUGGGGAUCAUUGAAUACAAUGCUUCUUACUUCAGAGUAAACAUGCACUGCACAAGGUAGUUGUGUCUUGCUGACAUUUGUUUAUGCUAUGUGCAAGCAGGAGAAUGGAUUUGCAAGGGGUAGGAAACAUCAUUUAGAUGUGCUCACUGAGGUGACAAUUAAUGUCAUGGUUUGCAAUCCUUGCAACGCACAAUUUAUUGCUUGCUUUAGCAAGCAAUAGUGUGUGGUUUCUGAUAGACAUAUGCCCACUCCAAGGUUGCGUUAGAUGCUAAAGUAUCUAUCAUAACAGGUUCCCAGCAGUCUGUCACAUUGCAGUGUGACGAAGAAAGAGAAAUAACAGGUUCAAAACCCAUGGCAUCCUUAAAUGCACCCAUUUUAUUUUGCAUCAUAUGGGUGCCAUUCAUUCCAAAGGAGGGGGAAAGAUUGCAUUUGGGGAGUCUGUUUUGCAGUGUUGCAAAACCUGACCUGGCACCCACAGACAGGGACUGCACAGGCUCCCCCCCCCCCCAAAUUCUGCAAGGUGCUGGAUACACUUCUGCUAGUUAGCCAGCUGUGUUCCAGUGGAUGCCAGAAUGGACUUGACGCUGGGACGCUUUGCAAUCAAAUAACUGUUCUCGGUGCAGCCUUAGGCAAGUCACCUUCACUCAGUCUCAGUUUCUCAUUUGUAAAAUGGUGGUGCUGUUUUAUCUAUCUAUCUAGCCUGCUUUUCAGACAAAUGCUGUCUCCCAAGCGGCUCACAUCAAUUAAAAAAACGAAAUAAUGACGAGAGGCGGGCCCUGCCCCCAGGCUUGCAAACUGAAAAGACAAGACACACAAGGCAAAGGGGAGUGGAGGGAAAAGGUAGAGAGGGAGAGAUCUUGGCUUGACAGCGCCAGACAGAACAAUGUGGUGAGUUGUAAACAGGCGUUGAUGUUCGUCUGGGGCCAGACAGAUCUUCCCUUGCUUGGAGGCCUUUGCUGCCUGGAUAGAGGUGCUGGCAACUGACCCAGCAGCCCUGACUGGUGGCUGAGGCCAGAAUGUGCUUCCUGCCACUUCUGCAAUCCAGGGACACAACUGCCGGGUGGUUAGAGCUGAACGUUCUUUCUAGCAGGGAAGGGGAGAGACAAAAGUCACCUGCCUCUGGUCAAUGUCAGUGUUCGUUGUUACCUUUCGGGACUCGUAGUGCAGGCAGUAUGAGAGGUGGCGGCCGAGCCAAUGACAGACAGAGCCAACAAAUUCUGGCUUUGUUCCCAGGACGCUGGUAGCCAGUGCUGAGGGCAGACUGAGAUGUUGGGGCCAUGGCCUUUUUGCCAUAAUGGUCCAACCUCUGCUGGUCAAUGGACAGAGCUAGGCUGGCCAUGGCCUUGCCAUAAUGUUCUUCCUGGGAAGCAGAGGGUACAUUGCAGGAGUUCUUGGUUUUCCGGCUGGAGGAUGAGUUCAGAGUCUUGCUGUCCUGUUAAAAUGUGCCAUGUAAAAAUGGUGUUGCUUUAUCUUGCGGCCGUUUCCUCUGAACUAAGCCCUACUGCGUUUGAUCAGGCUUUAUCCCAAGGAAGUCUGCACACUAUUGCAGGUUCAAGAGUGCAAUCCUAAACACACCUGCUUGGACAAAGCCAAGCCAGGGAGACUUACUUCCAAGCAAAAGUGGUUAGGAUUGAGGUGUCAGUGUUGUUAUUUGUGCGUGUGUGUGUGUUUUAAAAAAGCACAUUUUUGUUUAUUUACUGCUAAUUGCUGUCUGUUGCACAGACCCAGGGGAAUUUGGAAAGAGUGGGCAUAUAUCUGGCAACACCAGAGCUGUUUGGAAAGAAUGGUUAAGGGCCUGCCACUUGGUUUCCGGUAAAGAUGCUAGGAUAAAUCUAUUAGCAGGAGUUUAAACAUCCAGCCGGCUGUUGCCAGGGCCUCAUUUUCAGUUAGUGGAGUGAUAUAUUUAUUCAUUAGCAAGUGUUGACAUAAGGUAGCAAAACUGUGUGUAAACAGAAAAAAAAGCCACAGAAUGUGAACGUGCCAUUUUGAAAGGAAAAGUUCUCUGUAUCGGCCAAUGGGAAGUGAUUAAUGGACCCGGUCGGAAAUGAAAAGGGCCCCCCCCCCCUCCUUUAAGUCCGCUUGGCAGUUGAACUCUGAAUAUUGUCGCACGUGGAGCAUGGAGACAAAAAUACUCCAUAAGUCUGUCAUUACAGGUGGUUAUUACAACCUCUGACUCCCAUUUGACUUCCUGUUUAAUCAAGGCCAUUGUGAGGAUUGAGAGAGUGAGCAAAAGAGAAGUCAGUUGGUCUCUAUAUCAUUUCUAUGUUCUGCUGUGAUUUCCCCCUCUCCCUUUACUAAAACUGUUGUUUAAAUACUGUUUGCUUGAGCCUCAGUAGACAAGAGUAGUCCUGGUGCUUCAGCUGGAGCAAUUUGGGGACAGUGCAGAUUGGAACGCACUGUGUUUUGAAGUGGUACAGCACUUAAGUGCAGUUUCUCCGUUUGCUGAUAGAGCAACUGUACUAAUGAAAACAUUGAUUGUUGCCUUAGGAUGAGGAACCUCUGGUCUUCCAGAUGUUUUGCGGCUUACAGCAUUGGCCAUGCUGCCUGGAGCUAGAUGGGAGCUGGAGCCACAACAAGAUGUGGAAAGGUUCCCCAUUCUCUGCUGUUGGGUGCCUUGCAUCCAGAUUGGUGCUUAGGAAUGCAAAACUCUUUCCCCCAGCCCUGCUCUUGGUAAUAUCACCUUGACAACAAGCCUCUGUGCUUGCAGCACCAACAUGCCUGCCUAGUUAGAUUAUUUGAAUUGCCUUUGCUUGCGAAAGGGUGUUCCUCGUGGAUGUCUCCCAAAGCCUUUCUAAACAGGAAUGUAGAAAACUUCAGAGCAACCUAAUAAGAUAUGCAGAUGUGUACUGUUAGUCCAGUUUUUCCAAAGAGGUUAUGUGAGGCAGAGCAGAGAAUCUGCAAAGCUAUAGGCAAUGGAUGUUGAGUCAAUACAUGUUGAACAGCAGAAGUUUUAGUGCAGGGAAGAGAGAGACUGGUGCCAUGUGUACCCUCUGGUUACAUAAACUUCGGGAUGCAUGCGCGGCAAACCCGGAAGUAUUUUACCGGGUUUCGGCGCAGAAGCGGUCCUCAGGUUGCGGAAACCUCGGGAUCUGACCGGAUCUCCAGAACGGAUCCCGUCUGCAACCGGAGGUACCACUGUAUAUUCUAUACUAGUUACUCUAGAAUUGAUGGCUGGUAGCUGGAAAUGUGGACAGCUGACAGUUGAAGUUGUUUUGGCCUACAACUCCCAUGAUCCCUAGCCUACAGGACCAGUGGUCAGGGAUGAUGGGAACUGUAGUCCAAAACAUCUGGAGGGCUGAAGGUUGGGGAUGCCUGAUGUAGAGCAUGCAUGUCACAGAGACACUUGCAAACAUACAUAUAUGUGCACCAGAGAAAAACAACUUGUGUGUUGCCUAUCUGCUUUAAUUUAUCCUACCAGCUAUCAUGGUUGCAGCUGCCCUUCCAGUUAGUCCUGGGUGAUGCUCAUGGCAAUCCUAUUUUAUCCUCCCAGCAGCUCUGUGAAGGGUAGAAUAUUACACUGAGAAAUGAUGACUGCCCCAAGACCACCCAGUUUGCUUGCUGAUUGAGUAGGGAUAGACCCUCUAGGCGUCUGGUCCAGGUUCAGAUCUCCUUUGCCUGCCACACCAUGCUCUUCCAAGGAGAAACCAUAGAGCAGGAAUCAUGAUUAUAAUUUGUUUUAGUGCUUAGAAGAGCUGAAUCGGAUAUUGGCACAUGUUGCAUUUUAAUCAACCAAUGAUGAUGAUGAUGAUAAUAAUAAUAAUAAUAAUAAUAAUAAUAAUAAUAAAGGUUUUGUGGAUGCUCUGUGUGUGGGGCAAUGACCAAGCCUAGGUAUUUUUGAAAGCCAACAUCACCUUCACAUAAAGCACUCUUAUGCCACUUUAUAACAGUUGUGGAGAAUCUGAAGAACUGUAGUUUGGGAAGAGGGAUGGGAAUAAUACACAGCAGUUCCCAGGAUCCUUUGGAGAAGCCAUGACUGUUAAAGUGGUCCGAGAGUGCUUUGAAUGUACGGUGGUGGAUCUGGUGUUGAGUUUUAAAAAUACCCAAAAUACCCUUAUCCUGUGUGUGACGGAGUUGUACUUUUUUGCUGGCUUCAUUGUGGGCCCUUUGCUCAUUUAUCCUUUAUGUCUCCUAGGUUUUUGGAGACCCCUUUGUCCACCUUCCUACCUGCUCCAUGCCCUUUUCCCCACUUUAGCUUCAGAAAAUCCUCUCCCUUCCCUUGUUUUCCAAGAGGUUCCCAAAUUGCAGUGUGAUCUCUGGUACUGAAAGGGGCAUCUCAAGCCUCCAGUCACAUCAUGACCCACAGUAUUAAAUCAAACUGCUCCAAACUGCUAAUUCUGAAACAUCAGGUUGGGAGAAACUGGGAAGGGCUGUAGCUUGGUGGUUAGAAACAUCCGCUUUACAUGCAGAAGCUCCCAGGUUGAGUCCCUGGCAUCUCCAGGUAAGGCCUGGAAAACCACCUGCUCCGAAAUCCUGGAGAGCUCCUGCCAAUCAGUUCAGAUAAUACUGAGCUAGAUGAACCAGCAGUCUGUCUUUGUUUAAGGCAUACUCCCUGUCUGAGGUUUUCGGGAAGGGCCAUAGCCCAGUGGCAGAACAUUUGUCAGGAAUGCAGAAGGUCCCAUCUCCAGGUGGGGCUGGGAGAGGCAGUUAGGAAAUCUUGGAGAGCAGCUGCCGGUAGCCAAAUAUUGAGUUAGAUGGACCAGAGGGUCUGAUUCAGCAGAAGGCAUCUUCCUAUGUUGUGCCACACUGGUUGCAAAGCAACAGAUGUCCCACUGUUGAGCUGGGUUUGGAAAUCCUACAAGACGGGUGGAGGAACCUUCGCCCCACACUUGCUAGGUUUCAGCUUCCAUCAGUGUGGCCACUAAGUGGUCAGGGAAUGGGGGAGAUAGAGCUCACCAGCACCUCCAAGGCCACGUAGUCUUCACCCCCGAGCUACAGUUUGGGACUUGGCCAUCAUUCUGUCCCCUCCCUCCCUACGUUCAGUAGCUCCUCUCUGCUUUUUCAUACUCUUUGCAUGGGUCUAGCUCUAUGUUAUCUGGGCUGUACCACUUGAGGUUGCCAUGGGAGGUUCAUGCGGUGGAGAGUGGAGCAUUCUGCCAUGUCAGUUACCGCUGCUACCCCCAGGUCUGACCUGGUACAGCCCAGGCUCCAGCUGAUACUUGGAGUGAGAAUUUGGGCCAUCUCAAGAACGAAGCAUUUGAUGUAGAGCAAGAGGCAAAGCGUCGAUGUCUCAUUAAAAAAAUAAAACAAGAGGCCGUUUCCUUAGAACGCUGAAAACACUGUACAUUUAGAAAGUGUAUAGUAUACAGUAUUUCACAAGUAACUCAAUUUCCUGUCUGCCCCAUUGUUUUCAGUUUGAUUAAGUAUAUCCUGUUAAACUGUAUAUUCCUGUUCAGGGUUAUACUUGACUCUGAUAAAAUGAGAUUACACAGUCGCAUACGCACACAUACACGUGUUCCUGCUCUUAUUUUUUUCAGGAGUGAGUUCUUGGAAAAACAACUUGGAGGGAUGGGUAGAGAGGGGUUGAAGGCAAAGACUCUAUGUGUUUUUGCAUGUGUCCAUCGCUGUGCUGCAGCUAUUGCGUGUCCUAACUUCAUGUAGCCAUAGGCCAUGUUGACAGUUUGCCAGCUUGUCGUGAGGUUGGGCGCAUCCUUAGAUCGGCUUUUGAUUUCCUUUAUUUCUCUCCUGGACUUGAACCGCUUAGAUUUGGAUUUAUGUCUAUGUGCCUGGGCUCCAGUUUUCCUCAAGCCCUGGGUGGUGUGGGAAAUGGUUGAGAAUAUGUGACUUCUAGACUCUUUUCACCCUCCUCUCGUAGAGCAGAUCAAACUUUGUUUUGUUUGUUUGUUUUGUUUCUUAAAAAACAAAACCACAGAAACUCUUGAGUUUUCAUUGCCAGGAACUUGAAAAUUCUCUCCCCAACACUUGUUUUUCCGUAAGACUCUUUUAAAAUGACAUUACAUAACAGUUUGUAGUAGGGUAGCCAUGUUGCAUCAAAAACAACAUAGUCUUGUGGCACCUUAAAGACUAACAAUUUUAUUAUGGCAUAAGUUUUCAUGGAUUCAUCUGAUGGAGCCUUUUCCACUGGUUGUCAGACAUAGUUUGCCCAGACAAACUAUUGCAAAUGCUGGUCAUCAUUUGGAAGAUUCCUAUUGAAAUAAUAUGGAAACAAGGACAGUUUUUGUAUUUUUUGAAAGGAAUGUCUUUGGCAAAAUGCCCCCCAGAUCUUCUUCAGUUUUGCAUUGUCAACUCACUGCCUUAACGCAAAUCAGUAGUGCGCCAGUGAAAACUCCUUUUUGAUCUUGAGCUAUGGCUUAAGCAUGGCAAGAUGGAUAUUUCAAUAACCAGUGACCAGCCAGAAAAGAAAACCAGCCAAACAAAAGAAGGGAUGAGGGGAAGAGAAGACUGUUCCAGCCAGUCUGUAAUCUUGUGCUCAUUGACUAAUGUGAUUAAGUGGCAGAGUGGAGCCCAGACAUGGGUGAUGAGUUAGGGUGGAUGUAUCAUGAAGAAUUGCAGUGUCUCUGCGCAGACAAUUAGUAAUAACUUCCUGCUAAACGCUCUGGAAUGUGCUUCAUUUGGCUGGAGACAUUGUUUGCUGUGUGCCUUUCUCUCUCUCUCUUUUUGAAGUGGUACGUCAUGCUUGUUUUUUAAUUCAUUUCCCUUUUCUCUUGCAGCAAGUUGUCCAGACUCUGUGCCUUCCUCCACUGAGACAGGGGGAACUAAUUAUCUGGCCCCUGGGGGGCUUUCAGGUAAGAAACAGGAUUUCAUUCGUACCCUUGCUGUUGUACAUUUCAUAAACGUUUAGCAAGACUUUUAACAUUCUGAUCCGGCAGAUGUCUGUCACUGUGGUUUGCCCUGUCGUGGCUGAAGUGGUACCCAUCUCUUCUCUUGUGUUAACUGGUAGGACAGAUCCAGACAAACACAGCCUGUUCUGUUCCCCUCUCAUGAAUGCAGUCAUGCAGAUGUUGGGAACUUGGUUGUCUGAAAAGCUCCAGCAGAUGCAGAUGCCUUGAACUAGUUCAGCAGCAGAAAAGUCAGAUGUGUGCUUGCAAAAAAUCUAGAUCUUUGAAUCCAACCUCAAUUGCGGUUCCAUCAAAGGAUACAAUCAAGACUAUUUUAGGGACCUGUUGUGCAAAGGGCUGAAGAGCCAUUUCAUAUUUUCAGUGGUCAGCAUCCAGUUCCUAGGUGUCCAGGUGAUCAGUUGCCGCAGAUUUUCUGUGCACAGGGGCCUUGCAUGCAGAAGGCUCCAUGUUCCUGGCAUAGAGUUGUAGAGUUGGAAGGGGCCAUGAGGGUCAUCUAGUCCAACCCCCUGCAAUGAAGGAAUCUUUUUGUCCAAUGUGGGUCCAUCUUCAGGGGUGGGUGGGAAAUGCUCCUGCCUAAAACCCUAAAGCAAAUUUUUGGUCUCCAGAUGUUUGUGGACUACAAUUCCCAUCACCCCUAACUAGCAGGACCAAUGGUCAAGGGUGGUGGGGACUGUAGUCCACAAACACUGCGCUACAGAGCUGCUGUCACUCUGUGUAGACAGUACGGAGCUUGAUGGACCAAUGGUCUGACUCUGUGUAUGGCAGCUUCCUUUAUACUUUUGUACCAGCAAUUAUUAUUAAGUGUGUAGGUCUUUGCUGAUGGUAGCUGGCAACUUGAUAGCCAUAGUGCCUUUACAUGCAAGAUUCUCCUGCAGUGUGGAGCAUCUCUUCCUGAUUUGGCACCAUACAACACUUUUGUGUGAUGCUGUAGUAUUGUGACACAUGGUGUUGAAUAGUCCCAGAGUAUUUCCUGGCUGCGCUGACAACACGAGCCACCUUUCCCUCGCAUUAUCUUUCUGGCCCAACAACCUCGCCGUCAACCCCCGUCGUUAAAAGAGCUGGUUGUGAUCCUAGACAAAGACUGCUGCUAGGCUGGCAGCUGCAACACAGCAGUUAGCUGAGGGCAUUGUCUGACUAUGUGAUUUAUGCACCGAGAGUUAAAUUAUAUACUGUCCACUGCAUGGGUGUGCCAGAGCAGGCUCCUGCUCCUCCCCCCCCCCAACCAAAGGUUGCAAGUUUGGGCUGGUAUUUCAGUGAUUCUGGUUGGGCUGUAAGACAUUUUGGUGGCCCAGAACUCUAGGGAAUGGGAAUGGCUGGGUCUCUUGCAAAAAGACUUGUUAAAAGAGCAUUAUGAGGCACCUGCUUUGGAGAGCUGUUGUCCCUCAAAGAUCCCUUUGACUUCUAACUUGCCUGUAAUGUUUAUGGCCGCAAUCCUGAGCUGAAGCUCAGGGGGCUUGAACCUUGAUUUUACUCAGACCAGCUUCUUUCAAAGCCGUCUUGUGCUUCCUUUUUUUUGCUGCUUGUGUAGUUCUGUUCCUUAAGAUGCCCCUGAUUUUGUGUGUGUGUGUGUGUUUUUCCUAAUGCCCCAAAAAUACCUGUCUGGGCUUGUGAACCUUUCGGAAGACAAAUAUUCCUUGGCCAAGGAGUCCCGGCUUGAUUUAUGGUUUGUGGAAUGGUUCUGCUCCUCCGCUCAUUAGCCCUAGACCGGAAUGUCAGAAAUAUGUCGGCUAUCUGGUGGUGAGUGUGCAUAUGGUGCGUGUGCCUUUCUCUCCAGGAAUUGCAAGCAGCAUGGCUAUAUUUAAGUGAGACUUGUUUGCUUUCCUUUUAGCGUAAUACAUACCCUGCCUGUGUGUCAUUUGAGAGGGGAGUAUUCUGUUUGUUCAAAGGGCCCUAAUGAGAAUUAAUCAAAUGAGCAGGAGGAGAGGGAAAAGGGAGAGAAGUGGGGGCACUUGCAGGUUGGCCUUUGUUUUUCCUUCCUUGAAAAAAGAGAGCAACUUGUGGUUCUAGUUUUUCAGCAGGGCCUCCUUCUGCAAAAAGCUGAACAUCAUAUGUAGGGGUGGGGGGCAAAACGAGAAGAAAGAAAGAAUCCGUACAACACAAUAAGGAUGCUAGGUGGUUUCAAAGAAACAGAAAAACAUGCGUGAGUACGCGAGGGGGGUGCGGUUUAGUUUCUCAGGAUACCACAUGAAAUAAGCAAAGGAAGUACUAGCUUUUAAAGGGAGACUCUUUUUGAAAGCGUUUGCGCAUUGAUAACAUCUUGGUCUGUCUAGUCUGCUGCUGAAGGGGAGGGAAAGUGGGGGGGGGUGUUAUGGGGCUGCAGGAAAUAACAUCGCCUGCCUGGUGGUGGAAUGCUUUCUUAGUGGGGCUCACUAGGUAAUGCAGGGGGAAAGUGGAAAACUGGUGCUUUCGGUGAGGUUUCCAGUUGCCGUCUUCCGCACUCGAAGCCUCAUUCAAAUAGAUCUUAUCCCUCUAUAAUUUUGGGGUGGGUGGGUGUUGGAGACUUCUGAGUUUUUUUAGCAUGCCAGAGAGCCAAGUUCCCACUCUAAAAGGGGAGUCUGCAAAAAAAUAAAAAAAAAAUGUGUGUGUUGUUUUUUAACUGCAUGUUUUGUAGAUAUUUACAGUUUAAUAAGGAGGGGAAGGGAAUGCUUUAAGUCACAAAGGAAAUGGCGAGCUCUGAAGCAGAAGCUGAAUACCUGCUGCACGAAGGAGCAUUUGUUCUGAAUUUUGCCUGAUUUUCUAUCAAAUCCACUGGAAAUCUCGAAGGGUGCCUCUGAAAAUUCCCUAGGAGGAGGAGGUGACUGCAGUCAAAAAGGCAAAAGGGGAAAACACUAUCUAGGCAUAGCUAAGCGUUUUAAAAGUACAGUCAGGAAAUUUUAGCACAUGCUUGACUCCCACCCAUUGCAAACAUUAAGGUUUAAAAGUGCUUAACUUUGGAUUGGGUCCCAGGGUUUGGAGCAGCUCAUCAAAGCUAACUUUCUCUUCCCUUUGCACAGUUGAGAUGUGUUGCUAGAGAACGUAUUUGAACAGGGCUUUUCAUGAGCUAUUAUCAGGGGCAUUUAGGGUACUUUACGUUUAUCUGCAGUAGUAAUAACUUCUCUAGGUUUAAGUAGGGGAUGGUUCACUGAAAAGCACACAUAUUCUUCCUUUUUCCUAUUGCCUUCCAUGAAUCAGCUAGGCCAGUUGCCUUCUCACUUUAUCCCAAGCAAUUACGAAAUGGGUCGUCAGAGUCAUCUGUUUGUUUGCUUAUUUGUUACUAAAUGUAUGUCCUCCUUCCUCCCAAAGGAGCUCUGUUGCUCUCAACACACAAACCAAACAAACUUACCUGCCACGACUUUCUCUCUCUCUCAAAUUCUUACACACACAUCAUAUAGCCUUUCUGUCUCUCUCGCACACUGACCAUGUCCUCUCUUUCUCUCAUAUGUAUACACAAACCUACCUCCCGUUUUUUACUCUAAUCCGUCACCUUGGCACCAUGAGAUAUAUAUGGUGACCCGUCUACAGAACCUUUCGCUGCUAUGUGACUUAACCUUUCAAAUGGUAAGAUGUAAGAUGACAAGUAUUGUCCCAGCACGGACAAGCCUUCAGCUUUUCUUGGGCAGCUUCACAUGCCUUUAAAAGGUGUCCAUCUAAGAUGAUCUGAAUUCAACAUUGAGCAUUAUGGUGAAUGGAGUAGGUUCAGUCAGGGCAGACGAAAGCAAGUCCUUUUUUAGGCGCAGAAACGGCAGUAUAUAGAGCACAUGGUUAACUUACGGAAUUCGUUAUGGGAACUUGUGGCAUUCAUUUGCAGCAAUGGCCACUAGCUUGGAAGGCUUGCAAAAAAAAAGAGCAUUUGACAAGUUCACGAAGAACAGGAUUCUCCGUAGCUAUUAGCUGUAUGAACUAAAUGGUUCAGCGAGAGUGUAUCUCUGCACAUCAGAAGUGCAGCUGUUGGCUUCAUACCUUGCUUGUGAACUUUUCAGAGGCCUUACCAAUGCUGAUGGCAGAAUGUUGGGAACAGAUGGAUCUGAUCUAGCAAUGUCGUUCUUGUUUUUGUUUCUUUACUUAGUCCUACCUUCCCAGAAUGUUUUUCAGUGAUGCACACGACAGACCUCUUUAGGCAUCACCUGUAAUGUAAUCUCCCAUCACAUGUGUAGUCCUGCCCCACUUCUGUGGCUUUCCACCUGCAGAUUUUUCUACUCCCUACAUGAUCUAGAACUUUAAUCUCCUAGGGCGUUAAAUAUUCCAGGGAGCCAGUGACUUGAUUCUGUUAGCAAAGAAGGAAGUUCCUUGCUUCAGAAAUUCAGGGGCAGCACUAAGGAUGUGAGGGAGGGGCCUUUAUGCAAACCCCCUUGUAGUUGUGGUGGGGAUGGAGGAAGAACAUGUGAAAAGGGACAUCAGCCUCACUUUUAGCAGUUCCAUAUUGUGAGUGUCAUGUGAAACUGUUGAAAUCAAUGAACCAAUGAGGUUAAUCCAGGGCACGAUUAUUGAAAUUGUAAUGCCAAAGCAACCAUUUUGUGGACGCUUGCAACGCAGAGUGGCUGGGGAAAACCAGCCAGAUGGGCGGGGUAUAAAUAAUAAACCAUUAUUAUUAUUAUUAUUAUUAUUAUUAUUAUUCUGCCCAUGGGCACACCAUUUUCCUAAAAACAUGGCCCCAGAGUCCUCUUCCACAUCCAACAUGGAAAUGAUUCUGGCUUUGCAGUAGGGCAUGCAUGGUGUCUGUUCCCGAAGUGCACUCUACACUGUUUUUUAGGAGACUAUUAAACAUUUUUUUAGCCAGCUCUCCCCUUCCCCCAGGAGUUGCCAGAAUUCCCACCCCCACCCCCCAAAAAAUAAUUAUGUUGAGAAGGUGCUGCUGGGUGUUUUGCUUCAAGGAGGCCAUCUUAAAACAGUUGGGAGGCAAAUGGUGCAUUUUACAUACACAUAUGUGUGUAUGCCUCGCUUUUGCCUGAAGAAUGCAAGAAGGGCCUGGCUGUUUUCCUUUAAGGGAUGCCUUUCAGAGCUACAAAUACUACUGCAGUUCUGUUUCAUGUGGCUAAAACUACUCUCCCUGAUGAAUGGCGAAGGUGUGGGGGGAACGCGCACUGCCCAGAGGAUGUGGGAGGGUGACCAUCAUGGAAGGAUGAGAGAUAUUCAUGGGAGAGAGCGAGAAAAGCAGGGUGGGGAUGGAGAGAGACAGACGCCGCUGCCCAAAGUGUUUCCCCCUCGAAAAUAACCAAUCUGACUCUCUCUUUCACUUGCUGUGUUUGCUGUUUUUCUUCCUGGCUUGGACUGAGCUGCGGCGGUUCCAGCUAAUGAAUGAGGCUCAGUUCAGGGUGGGAGGAAGCCUGGGAGCCUGGAGCCAGUGACUUGAUUCUUUUGGCAAAGGAAGAAAAAGAGAGAGAGAGGGAGACAGAAAUAUAUAUAUAUAUAUAUAUAUAUAUAUAUAUAUAUAUAUAUAUAUUCUGGAUUUGAAAACUUAAUCCUGUGGGGGUCUUCACAAAGGAACUGGUUCCACCAGAAGUGACCUUUAAUUCACUCUGCUCUGCCCUUUCAUGUUAUGUGUGGCGUUUGGAGGGAAAAAAGGAUGAGAAGGCCGGGCCGUUGCAGGGAGGGAAAGAAACUAGGUUGGCUGGCCAAAUUUUCUGGGACCUAGUUUAACUAUGUUUUUUAAGGAACGUUCCCCCCCCUUAAAGGAGGAUCUUCCCAAAGGUUAAAACCUGAACAGGGAAACUUAGGAGUAAACAUGUGGCUUGGAUCGAUUUCCGCCCUCCCCUCCCUCCCCAACUUGCCUCUCAGUUAAUCCUCCUCUCCUGAGGCAAAAAAACCACCACCACUCCCUGGUUUUCUCUUUCCCCCACCUUCUCCAUAGGUCUUUUGUCCAUCUCGCUUUGUGACUCUCCUGCCCAUUUGUUUCUUUUGCAGUAAAUAAACUUUGGGUAGGACAAACCUAGGGAGACACAUGGUGGGAGUGGUCAAAGAACCCAGACGUCUGGUAACUGAAGGUCUCGGGGUCCCAGCCUGCAAACAGAAGUAAUGCUGAGGCACAGCCAUUUUUGCCAAGGCCGUUCAUAGAAUCAUAGAACAGUGGAGUUGGAGGGGGGGGCCACGAGGGUCAUCUAGUCCAACCCCCUGCAAUGCAGGAAUAUGCAGCUGCCCCAGAUGGGGAUUGAACCUGCAAUCUUGGCAUUAUCAGCACCACGCUCUAACCAACUGAGCUAUCUAGGCUGAACAUCCAUGUUGGAACUGGGUCGGCGAUUGAGGCACAAUCCCCUUUCUGUCUCAAUAGGAGGAGACAGGUUACUUUUGGAGUAAGUUUUGACGGGCAAGCUGCCUGUUUCGUGUGAGGGUAUUUGUUUUUAAAGUGAUAUAGUCCACCAAAAUCUCAAUUGAAUGCCAAGCUCUUGUUUUGAACUUAGGCCAGCAUCUUCACCUUGGCUGGAGACGUUUUCUUGGUAGAUGUGGCUGCAUAUUUUGAACGGCACCAGAAGUUAUAUGUUGCAUUUAACCCGAUGUAAUGUGAGAGAGGAAGUGGGAGGCGAGUUAGGAACGGAGGGAGGAGGUGGCAACUAAUCUACCUUUCGGUAAAGAGAGGCAAAAGGUGGCAGCAGGUUCGGAGGUUUGUUGCAGUUUACUGGAUUAGUCACAUGGGUGAUCCUACCCCAAAAGUGAUCUUGUUAUGAACAGGGAGAUGAUGUCACCUGAGGGCGAUUGAGAGUGAGGGUGAGAGAGUUCAAUGGAAAUGAAUAACCAAACAGUGAGAAUGAGAAAGAAGAAGAAAAUCACUGAAAAGAGGUGUUUGGGGUGGUGUUUUUUUUAAGCACUACGAAAACUGCAGUUUGGGCUCAGCUCUACAUAUCUUGAAAGUUUGCACCCGUUUCUGUCAACGGAAGCUUUGGUCUCGAACAGUCAUACUGUUUCUAUUUCCGUUUUCAGGCAGAUAUUAGAUUGUGCAAGUAAACUAGCCAUAACAUGAAGAGGUGUGGCAGUCAAAUGCACCCCACACACCCGUCUGCAUGAGAACAGGCCUUGUGUUAUUUAACACAUAUGUUCAAUUCUACUUCAGUUCACCUUUUUACUACAAAAAGCUCUGAAGGAAAAGCUGGUGGCCAUUUCAUUGUGAAAUAGCAAACGGCCCUGGUAUGUUUCACUAUGCCUUUUGAUCCUCGCUGGUAUCUGUGUCAGCUACGGAGAGGCGGAACGUAAAAAGAAAAUAACCCAGAAACCCUUCACAAUGGCAGGGGGUUGGACUCGAUGGCCCUUGUGGUCUCUUCCAACUCUAUGAUUCUAGGACCUGGUUUUGUUAGUGACCAAAUUUAUCUUCUCUCCCAUUUCCCUACAAGUUAGGUGAUAAAGAGAACAGGUCUCCUGUCGAAGAGGGAAAUUUGGAAAGUGACACUCGCAAAGCGCAUACCUGUGGAAAUCCCCUCUUUGAUGUAAGAGUCUUGUUCUGUUCUGCAUCUGACUACCCAACAGUUUAAAACUGUGCAUGGUGUUAUUGAGGGCAAAUAAUACAGUGGUACCUCGGGUUACAUACGCUUCAGGUUACAUACGCUUCAGGUUAAGAACUUUGCUUCAGGAUGAGAACAGAAAUCGUGCUCCGGCGGCGCGGCAGCAGCAGGAGGCCCCAUUAGCUAAAGUGGUGCUUCAGGUUAAGAACAGUUUCAGGUUAAGUACGGACCUCCGGAACGAAUUAAGUUCUUAACCCGAGGUACCACUGUACUAGGGAUGGGCAGGAAAAUUUUAUUCAUACAAAUCCCAAUUACAUUCCAGUCCCCGCCCCUUUAAUAUCAAAUUUAUAGUUGCAGAAGAAAUGCAAUUGUUUACACUUCAGCAUUCCUCUUACAAUCUUAAAGUGAGACAUUUCUCUGUAAAACCACUAGUGGCUGCAUACCUUCAAUCUAAACAAUUGGUAGUGCUUUUUUUUAAAAAAAAAAAUCAACCCCCAAAAACCAACCCCAGAUACAGUGGACGCUCAGGUUGCGAACAUGAUCCGUGCGGGAUGCAUGUUCGCAACCUGCAGUGUUCGCAACCUGCGUCUGCGCACGCGCAUACGCAAAGCACGAUUUAGCACUUCUGCACAUGCGCAACUGCCAAAACCUGGAAGUAACCUGUUCCAGUACUUUGGGGUUUCAGGGGUCUGUAACCCCAAAAAGUGCAUCCUGAAGCGGCUCUAACCCGAGGUAUGACUGUACAUCAUUUAUUUAAAUCCCCUCCGCACCCAACAUAAAUACAUAUAUUUCUCCAUAUAUGGUUUCAAAUGUGGUCCUGUGCAGCCUGUUGUCUUAUUGCUGGAUUUUAAAAAAGGAGGCGGGUUUUACAGAGCAUUAGCUUGUACUUACGCCUUAUUAAAUGGCUUACCUAAAAACUCAGGUCUGUCUGUGCAAAAGGACAAGGUUAUCAGGGGUUAAUGCUAAGAUGACAGCAAUGGAGUCUUUGAAGUGAAACAGGCUGCCUGCCAGACUAGCACAGAAGCAUUGCAGCUCUCCUCGCACAUCAUCUGACCAUAGCAGUAUGUAGCAAACCGAGGAGACUCACUCUUGGCACCGCGUCCCGUGUAGUUUUUGGCCUCUGACGCUCCAUUCUAGCUCCACUGCCCCCCUCCCUCCCACUUUCUCUCUGUCCUCUGGGCUUUUACUUCCAUAGGAAGGAGAAGCAACAUUUCAGAAGCCUACAAAAUGCGAGGGAGUCCGGAUGCAACCCUCCUGUUCUGGAUAUGCAAGCUCAGUUGGUUAAAGCAGGGUGGUGAUAAUGGCGAGGUUGCAGGUUCGAUCCCCGUAUGGGACAGAUGCAUAUUCCUGCAUUGCAGGGGGGUUAGGCCCGAUGAUCCAACUCUAUGAUUCUCUACUUACUCUAAAGUAGACAGCAAUGGAAGUUAAGUCACAACUAAGUCUCGUUGCUGUCACUGGGACUUGGCCACACAACUAACUGUAGCUGGAUUGCAGCUAUUAAUAACAAAAGUCAACAUUCCUUGGGCCUUUUAAAAAAAAAAAAGUUGGUUGUAGUGAGAAGGAAAGCAUGUUGUUUAUAUCAGACAGUUCUUAUUAUAAAGAACCAUGUAAUUUUUGUGAGUGUUUUUCUAAUAUAGUGGGUUGCUUUCUUUUUUUCUUUCCGGCCUGCUACAUUCUUUCAACAGCCCCCCCCCCCAAAUAUUGUUUAAGUGUUUGCAUGGCUUUCUGAGCUCUUUAAAGAAAUAAUAAUAAUGGGGGGGAUGGAGAUGAAGUCCCAACAAAUAUACAAAGCACACUUUAAAAGUCUAGUCUAACCCUAAUGGCGUGAGCCUGGCUUUAUUUAUGUAUCUGCCUGCUAAAUAAAAUUUGCCCAGAGGAAGUGGUGAAGGCUUCAUCACAUGAGACGGUUUACUUCUGCAUGUAAGAGUUGGCAAUUGAGCCAGAUGGGCAACUUUAAAUAGGUGCGGUUGGAGCUCACAGCCAGAGAGUUUGCAUGAGGGAACUAAAAGAAGUCUCCACGUUAGGAAAUCCUUUUGUCUGCACAACACCUCAAAUGGCACUUUGCAUUCCCCAGGACCCUGUUUAUGGCGAUAGAUUAUUUAAGACUCGGUUUGGACGCUUACAUGUGUAGUAUCUGCCUUUGCAACGUAUAAGGGUGGGUAUCUGACACACUCUUAAACUACUCAUGACAUUAAUGUGUGAUUUUGGGUGCUGCAAGGAGACAGCCUCCACUUUCCCCAGACAAACUGGAUGGGCUGCCUCUUAACGCAUGUUGCAUAAUGCGAGUGGAGGAAGGAAGGGGUAAAAGGCACCCCGGUAGAGAUCUGAACCGCUGUUCCCUCGAGAGUAAGGGGGACUCGACCCAGACCUAAGAGCUCACACACAGCUAGUUUUACCUCAGGCAAAAUGGUUGCAACUUAACUGUACAGUGGUACCUCUGGUUGCGAACGGGAGGGCCAUUCGCAACAUGAAAAGUGCGCAACCUGAAGUGCUAUAUCUGCGCAGGUGCACACCGCAAUUUGGCGCUUGUGCGCAUGCGCGAGCGGCGAAACCCAGAAGUAACCCUUUCCGGUACUUCUGGGUCGCCGCAGGACGCAACCUGAAAAAACGUAACAUGAAGCAAACAUAACAUGAGGUAUGACUGUAUUGUGACUGAUGAAUGCAGAAAACGCUUGAGAGAGACCAGCAGACUGGAGAAGCCUGUGACCUUCUGCCACAUCCACCCCUCUUCAAGUGGCUCCAGGCCUAUUUUGCACACUCUUCACUGUUUCCUUCUGUUUCAGUCAGUGGCUCUGUGCACAACCUUUGAGAGUCAUGGCCUUUGUUUUCAUUGUACUUUAUUUAGGUUAUUCUUUGGGCUCUGGGGAGGUAUGGUCAGAAGGCACACGAGGCCACCAUGCCCUUUCUGAAGCCAAGCCGCUUUGAGUCUGGCCAGUGUAAGGAUGGGAGGCCACCUGGAAACCAAUGGCUCUCUGCCUUAGCUUCCAUGAUGGAAUGAAGGUGUAGCGUAAGGUUAAGAAAAGAAACACAGAGCUUGAAACGCGGGCGCAGCAAAGACAUUCCACUUCCCUUGGUAAAAGAGUGAAUGCAUGGACAAUGUGGGGUUUGUGUUUCGUUUCUCACCCCAUCCAUUAAACUUCCUAACCAUUUCUCCCAUGUCCUCGUUCCAUGUGUUUUGCUAUUGGAACGAUAAGCAAAAUUGCAGCGGCGGGUUGUUUAAUAACAGUCGUUUGUAAUACUACCGCGUGAACAAAAGGGCAGCACUUUCAAGGGUGUAGCUAACCGCACGCGGGGUUUUCGGCGGUCACAGAAACCAUGGGAGGUGUAGUAUUUGCCGUGGAGGAGAGAGUCACAUUUGCUGUGUAAACCCAGCCUCUCACGCAGCUGCUGAUCCAAGACUCAGAAAACUGAUAGGGAUUUCUUGGCAAAGGUGGCUGGCUGCUCCUUCGGGGUAAUACCUCAGGUAGGCACCCCUGACUGUUCCUUCCAGCACGUACUUCCCAUUCCUGUGUUUGCUCAGCUAGGAGGCUGCAAUAUGCUCCUGGAUCGCCUGCUGUUUGGCUAUUAACUAAGGUUACUCUGGGGUUAUCUGCUUUUGUGCUAUCUGCGGCAGCCCAUCUCCUCAGCCUCUGCUACUCUUGCCGGGUGGUUUUGAAGAGAUGCAGGCACCUGAUGUCUCUCAAUUGUUUUGCCCAAAUAUUUGGGCCUCAGCCACUGCCUUAUCAGACAGUGCGGUUUCGCGGAGAUGAAAGUGAAAUUCCUACUGGUGGCGUCUUGCGCAGCGGCCUCCGAGGGAGCCGUGUAAAAGAAGACGACAACAGGGCCAGUCGGAGGUCACUGCCAGCGAGGACCAUCUUUCGGAGCAGGAUUGAAUGACCCAUACCUAGCAACCUGGCUCUCCUCCUAGUGUCACAAAGCAGUUUGCUCUCCAGCUUGCUUUCAGCUAAGAGAUAUUAAGCACAGUUCCAUGGACUUAGUUCAGUCCAUACCACACAAAAGAAAACAACGUUCGUGUUUACCUUCUUACUUUGGUUUGGAGGGCUUUUUGGUGCAUGCUACUGUUUUCUGGACACAGAGCCUGGGACUUGCCGAUCAGAAGGUCGGCGGUUCGAAUCCCCACGACGGGGUGAGCUCCCGUUGCUUGGUCCCUGCUCCUGCCAACCUAGCAGUUCGAAAGCAUAAAGUGCAAGUAGAUAAAUAGGUACCGUUCCGGCGGGAAGGUAAACGGCAUUUCCAUGCGCUGCUCUGGUUCACCAGAAGCCGCUUAGUCAUGCUUGCCACAUGACCCGGAAGCUGUACGCCGGCUCCCUCGGCCAGUAAAGCGAGAUGAGAUCCGCAACCCCAGAGUCGGCCAUGACUGGACCUAAUGGUCAGGGGUCCCUUUACCUUUACCUUUUUACUGUUUUCUGCAGAGUUUGUUUUAAGGUUUAACCGGGAGAUGUUCUUCUGCUGUUCAGGAACUGAAUAUCUGUGGGAAGGUGGGUGCUGUCAGAAUGGUGGGAACUGAAAGCGCUUGAUCUCUGGCCCCGAGUUUGUAAUUAGCUGUUUUAACCAACUUUGCAAUCUUGGAUCUAUUCUUCAUUUUAUUUUAUUCUGUUUUGCUGUUAAGCUGGAGGGAACAGCUCGGUAAUUUAAUCACACGGAGCCACCGUGUCUUCAGAAGCACAGGGACUUUCUGCAAGAAAAUGCUCAUUAAGGUUUCUUUAUUGGGAUUUCCCCCUACAUCAUUCUUACUUGUGCCUAGUUGCAUUAGCGAGGGAUGUCCAAGCCCACCUCUUUUAUAUGGCUGGGGAGGGUCGGCUCUUUUCAGGUAGGCCUCAUGUCCUUUCACUGCCUUUACCAACAAUAAAUUACAGUGGUACCUCAGGUUACAGACUCUGCUAACCCAGAAGUAGUACCUCAGGUUAGGAACUUUGCUUCAGGAUGAGAACAGAAAUCGUGCGGCGGGAGGCCUCAUUAGCUAAAGUGGUACCUCAGGUUAAGAACAGUUUCAGGUUAAGAACGGACCUCCAGAACGAAUUAAGUUCUUAACCCAAGGUACCACUGUAUUCCUUAUUUAAGCCUCCUUGCAUCACAUAGGGCCACCUAAUGCAGAUUUUACACCAACCAUAUUUCAAUAGUUGCCCUCAAGGCAACUCAUAAGCUACCUGGGACUUCAUGUAUGUUCUUUCUCCCCCUCCAACAUGCAGAUGUGAUGCAUGGACCAAGUGCUGUACAUUGAUCCAUGGUUGCACAGACACCUGGCUCACUCAGUCUCCCUUCCCAAGACUGGAUCACGUGAUCCAGCGCCGGUGCAAGAAGAAGGUGCAUGGCUUGUCUGUGUCUACAUCUCUUUGGUUGGACGGGGAAGAGAGGUGCAUUCUGUUCCCUCACAAUUCAAAGUAGCAUGCAGACUGGGGAAAGGGGACUUAGAAUAUGGAAAAAUGAAAGCUUUAUUCCUGGACUGGAGAAGGGGCAUUGACCCCAUUCACACAUGGGUGGGCCCAAAUAGCGUGCGAAAGACUCACAGGGUGAACCAAGGCGGGGUGAGUGAAUGGAGCUGUGGAAUGGUGAAAUUGGGAGUCCUCUUUUUAAGCCUGGGCUCUUCAGCCUUAAAAAAAAUCAUCCCCCUUGGCUUGAUAAGUUCUUGUGUUCACAAGCAGAUAGAAAAACCAUUCAGCUUUCAGGACCAGAGAGCCAGUUUUCUGCAGCCUGGGCAGGGGGGUGGGAUGACACAGUGCCUGAGGUUUUUUUGGGGGGGGGGACAGGCGGCGUGUGUUGAUAGCAGGUAGUAUUUUUAAAACACGUAAUGGUAACUUUCACCCUGUUCUUAACAGGAAACAUUGAAACACGAUAGGAUAUUGCAUCAUUGCUUCAUGAGAAAAGUUUUUUUUAAAAAAGAAAAGAAUGAAAGGACAAAAGGAAGGAAAAUGUAGUUAGUAAUUAGUGAAAGAGGAGAAAAAGACAGGGAGGCUCGAGACGGCUGUCGUCCCCGUCCCCCCCCUUUCCUAGGAAUCACAUGCUCUUGUAGGGCCUGAUUUCCAAAGAGAGAGACUGUUUGAGCGCUUGAUUUUUAUUUUUAUUAUCUCAAAAAAUAUUUUAAUAGCAGGGUCACCUUUACUUGAAUAUUGCCUUGCCGCCUCCUGUCUCAGUUUACUGAGGAAUCUUUUCAUGAUUUUCCCCUUGGUUUCCUUCCCCAGAAGGCGAGGCAAAGAGAGCGUUUUGGCUGGGAAGCUAAUUUUGGUUUGGCUGCUGAGGAUUAAAAUUUGGUCUCCACCCAGUGUCAUUAUCUAGGUUUCAACUUGGGGUGGUGAAGGAGCGCAGAAGAGAAGGGGGGCGGGAAGACUUCAUAAAAUUUCGUUCAGCCCUCCUUUACCCUUUUAACCUUGCUACGCAGAGGGGAUUUUUAUUUAUUUUUUUGCGUGUUUGGUCUCUCUCGCGCUCUCUCUCUCUCUCUCUCUCCCCUUCCAUGCUACUGAGUAUGUUCAUGUGCCUUUAAAAACAUUAAGCUUUUUUCAGGAAUUCCUUUGAAAGCCUCUUCAGUAUCUCCCUGUGCAUUAGCAAGAAGAAAAAAGGAAGUAACUUUUAUAGCUGCCUUGGUGAAUCUGGCUUGACUGUCUGUAAAGAACUGGCACAAUUAAACCCUUUCUUUAAAGGGGAAGGAAGGGGAAGAGGGUGGGAAAAGACCCUUUCAGGCCAAUUAUCAUGCAGUCGCCUUCCUAAGGGGCUAAUGGUAUCCUAGCUCCAGCCUUUAAAGCCCUGACCUUGAUCUGAUAUCUUCCCCCCUUUUGUUUUUGGUAGGAUCCUUUUAUGUUGGUGUGAAUAGAGAUACAAGUUAAAUCAGAAAGCGUUUAGCGUUGUCUAUGGGUCUUUGUUAGCCUCCAAAAACCCUAGCCUUCUGCUGCUGUUUGUGUUAUCUUUUGAGAUAAGUUUUGGUUACAGAGAGAGGCCCGAAAAUGUGAUUGCUCAGGAAAUGCAACAGGAACAGCAACAAAUAAGCCCCAAGCUAUCUUAAUUGGUUAGGAAUCUGGUGAUAAGAUCACAAGCAAAUGUCCUUCUGGCUUAGACAAACCACAUCCAGCCCAAUACUCUCUCCCCAACAGUGGCAACUCAGAUGAAUCUGCAAGUUCACAAGCUGACCAUUAUGGAGAUAACGUAGCAAUCCCUGCCAGCAUAUGGGAAAUCAGAUGCCUGUUAACCCUCAACAUAUUAAUGACUCUAAAGUCUAAAUAUAAACAUUUUUCCAGGUGCUAAAACCCAUUUGAGGCAGACCAUUUCAGAAUAAAAACCCUGGUCAGUUGACUAAAAAAUAUGUCCUUCAACAGUAAGUUUGGCCUGUGCCUUGUUCAUGAAAAUUACUUGACUUUUUCUUGCAAUCACUGCAUGAAGGUUAGCUCAGACCAUUUGGCGCGUGGAUGUGAUUCCUGUGCGGCCUUCGUUGCAAAGAUGAGUUAUCCAUUUCUGGAUGGAUCAGAUUGGCAGAAGCCCAUAAGCAAAGUGAGGAAGAAGGCAUGGAGUCACUGGGAUGGUGGGUUUUUGACCUUAAAUCCUCACUAUCCUGGGUUCUAUGCUGUUGCCUGUCCAACAGUGGACAGUCCAUGCCUGUGUCUGUCAUUCCUCCUCCUUUCAUUCUUUGCAACCUGUGUCCUUUUCAGAGCCAGCAUCACGGGCAGAAGAGCUUGCUUUCCCUGUACAUUGGUCCCAACCAAUCUUCUUGCCUCUAUAUGCAGCAGAUUGAGAAAGUGAUAGAAGUAGACUUGUCAUGAUUACAAAUUGCUGGGCCGAGAAUUAGAUUUAAAUUGUUAACGGAUAGAAAAGACAGAGGAGGAUUCGCGGUCCCAAAUUUGAGAUUGUAUUAUGAAGCCUCAUGCCUUUGCUGGCUCAGAGAAUGGAUUGUCUUAAAAAACACAGAUCUGCUGGACUUAGAAGGCUUCGAUUUAAGAUUCGGCUGGCAUGCUUAUCUCUGGCAGAAUAAGGAAAAGGUGCAUAAAGGCUUCUCAAAUCAUAUUAUCAGAGGAACAUUGUUAGAGGCAUGGGAAAAGAAUAGAAAACUGUUGGAAAAAAAUACCCCCUGGUGGCUAUCGCCUAUUGAUAUCUUAACUAUUAAAAAAUAAAUAUAGAAGGUGAGAGAUGGACCUAUGAAGACCUCCUGGAAAGAUCAGAAAGAGGAUGGAAAAUUAGACCAUACGAAGAGUUAAAAAACAAAUUAACAGGUUGGUUGCAGUAUCAUCAAAUUAACGCCUUAUGGAAGGAAGAUAAAAAGAUUGGGAUGAAUGAGAAAAAAUCUAAGUUCCAGGUAGAGAUAAUAGAAAGUAAAACCAAACUUCUAUCUAAAAUGUAUAAUCAGUUAUUAGAAUGGGACACUAAGGACGAAGAGGUCAAGGAUGUUAUGGUAAAAUGGGCGAUAGACAUCGGAUACAAUUUGGAUUUUGACAAAUGGACGAGGUUGUGGAGUAAAGGAAUGAAAUUCACAGCCUGCACUACCCUUAGAGAAAAUAUGGAAAAGAUGAUGUACCCUUGGUACAUCACCCCUGUAUAAUUGCAAAAAAUGUAUAAGACUGGAGAUAAAAGGUGUUGGAAGUGUAAAACUAAAGAAGGAAGUUUCUACCAUAUGUGGUGGAAGUGUGAAGAAAUUAAAAAAUUUUGGGAAUCCAUAUACGAAUUGAAAAAAAUAUUUAAAUACACUUUCGUUAAAAAACCCGAAGCCUUCCUUCUGGGAAUGAUCGGAGACGAGAUUAAGAAAGAAGACCAUAUAAUGUUUCAAUAUGCAUCUGUAGCUGCCAGGAUCCUGUUAGCACAAAAUUGGAAAACCCCAAAUAUCCCGACCGUUAAAGAUUGGCAAAUUAAAUUAUUUGAAUAUAUGGAUUUGGCAAAAAUGACGCAGAAUAUCAGACAGCAAAAAGGUACAAAGUUUAUUGACGAUUGGACCAAAUUUAUAACAUACAUGGAAACAAAUUCUAGAGAUCCACAGUAGGUUUAACAUAAUCUGCGAUGUGCAGAUGAUAUAAAAUGAAAACUGCAGAAUGGAAUUAUUAUUCUACAUAACCCAAAACCAAGAUGGAGGGAAGUCAACCAUUAUUUGUUGUUAAUUAUUAUUAAUAUAAUUAUAUAUAUAUAAUUAUUUCUUUUGGUCUGCUUAUGUUUUCUGUUUUGGUUGAUGUUUUCUUUUUUCUUUGGUGUGUUUAUUUGGUUUUUUGGUUUUUUUUUACUUUUCAUUGUUUGGUUAUAGAAAAUUAAUAAAAAGAAUUGGGGGGGAAAAAACAAAUUGCUGGGCGUGAGCCUGGCGUUUGCAUCUAAUUUGCCUAGCCUCCCAAUUUCACAUGCAUCAGGGAGAGAGGAAGCUUGCUUGGCUAGGGUGAUAGAACUCCUUUUAUUGAACUAAGCACAAAGGCUAGCUCCUUUGCUGCCUAAGUAACCUCAUCCUUCUUGUCUCCCCUUGCUUUUCCCCCUUUCCUUUUUGGCUUCAGUUUGUUUUCAUAACAACGAGAGCCUGGGGUUGUAGUUGUCAGUCUGUAAAGGCUUGCUGAUCCUUCAGCGAGUGUGACUUGUCAAAACACAACAAGACGCCACAGCAAAAUGAUGCAGGCGGUUUGAGCAGACGGAGGUGGAUUGUCUUGUUUCUUCUGCCCUUUUUAACUUCUUCUCCACCCCUCCCACUGGCAUAAUUUUGAAACAUCAUUCUUAAAUUAAAAAUGCACACAUUGUCAAUGCUCUCCUUGUUGUUUGGCGUGUGUUUGUGUCUGCAGUUUCCCCAUGUGUAGUUUUACUCAAUCAAGGCUCAUAUCCAAAGCAGCACAUUUGGUGUGGAAGUCUUGUCUCUGUAGAUGAUAGAUUAUUCAGGUAUGUCCUUGGGAGCCUUUAUGUCUCUGUGGUUGGCUGAUGAAUGAUGGGCCCCUGGAAAAUGAAUGUUGAUCUCCCUUUAUUGCUAAAAUCUACGUGGGAGGGAGAAGCGCUUUGGUGUUGGAAAUGGCUGUUCAAAAGCAUGCAUGAACACUGGCCCAGUCCUUGAAAAUCCCACUUGCUUCUCAUGAGUAGUAGUCAUUUGCUAUGCAGCUCCUCCUGUGGCAAUUUAGCAGAAAGGAAGAGUCCAGUUCAUACUGGUGAUAAUGUUGUGCCUUUAAGGAAUUGGAUUUACCAGAAACAUAGCAGGGGCACCACCACCGCUGCUGCUGCUGCUGUUGUUGUUGUUGUAUGGAGCCGUGGACUUAAUGUAACAUAAAACAAAACAUAAUAAGCAAAAUAUUAAAAUAAUUAUAAGUGUUGUUGUUUAGUCGUUUAGUCGUUUCCGACUCUUCGUGACCCCAUGGACCAGAGCACACCAGGCACUCCUGUCUUCCACUGCCUCCCACAGUUUGGUCAAACUCAUGUUAGUAGCUUCAAGAACACUGUCCAACCAUCUCUUCCUCUGUCGUCCCCUUCUCCUUGUGCCCUCCAUCUUUCCCAACAUCAGGGUCUUUUCCAGAGAGUCUUCUCUUCUCAUGAGGUGGCCAAAGUAUUGGAGCCUCAGCUUCAGGCUCUGUCCUUCCAGUGAGCACUCAGGGCUGAUUUCCUUCAGAAUGGAUCGGUUUGAUCUUCUUGCAGUCCAUGGAACUCUAAGAGUCUCCUCCAACACUGCAAUUCAAAACCAUCAAUUCUUCGGCAAUCAACCUUCUUUGUGGUCCAGCUCUCACUUCCAUACAUCACUACUGGGGAAACCUCUCUGCUUUUAAGAUGCUGUCUAGGUUUGUCAUCGCUUCAUUCACUACCAAAAAACACGAAUGAGGUCUGUUUCCAUUGUGGUGGCAUGCGUGCUAUUGCUUAUGUAGCCAGAGUAACACCUUGCUCUGUGCAGACCCAAGGGAACUUUUGCCUAUUCUGACACUACAUAAUACUUUUCUUUUUUCCACCCCUUUCCAUUGUUGUUGCUUUUUGCCUUCAACAGAGAUGCAAGAGACCUAGACCCAACUCUGCUUUGGUUUUGGAGUUUACAAGGUGCAGAGGUUUUUUUUUUUAAGAAAUGUGGAACUGAAGUAGAAACACAUGUAUGUUUUCUUGUACUGCGUUAGAUCUUGUGGCCUGUAAUAGGAUUGCCUUGCCUUUUGUGAGGGUCUUCAUUUCAGGGUUACCCGGGAGGAGUCCAGAUUUCUCUGGUGUUUCUUUUUUUUUGCUUCAAUGGAGGCUUCCCCUUCUUUCUGUUAAAUCAACUGUGGCUGAUAGAUACUUUGAACCCCGAGAUAGCUUCAUUGUUCUCUGUAGGUACUUUCUUAGCUGAAGGCCCACCGAUGUCGACCUAACAGCCAUGACUCCUUAUGUGUAGACCACAGUUCCUUCAGGCAGUGGUGUUGGUUUUCUGGGAAAAAAUGGAAUUGGAAAAAUUUCCUAUGCGAUUUAAGAGUAAUGAAAAUGUUCCGUUUAAAUCGGGUGUGUGUGUGUCUGUCUGUGUGUGUAAUGCUUUAGAGAGUGCUAUAAUUUAGCCUAUAAGCUUAUUUUGCUUAUAUUCAGUAAACAAAGCUAAAAAAACUGAACUGCAAAGCUUGCCUAAUAUUACAUAUUUGCAGUUUGCAUCCUUUCACUGCUUCUAAUAGACUUAUGAAACAGAAAAUUCUCCAUUUUGCAAAGGUUUCCCACUCCACACAUCACUGCCUGCGGAUGGGAGAGCGAUCAGUAUUUUAUGGGUUCUAGUUGCUGACUCAGGGAAUUUCAUUCAGUUUCAGUAAAGAGGUAGAGUGUAUACCUGUAAACAAGAUGUGAAUGUGUGUAAUGUAUAUGCAUAUGAGAAAUAUAUCUGAUAAGCAGCCUUGGGAUGUAGCCAUCUUUGUUAGUAGAUGUUAUUUACAGUGCCGUGUUGCUGCCUAGAGAAAGUUUAAAUCAAGUUUUAUCUUUUCAAAGGGAGUGUGAUGCCAGCGUUCAGUGGACGCUCUUGUCUGGGUAGCUUAGCACCCUCCCUUCGAAAGACACACCGUGACUUAUGCAUUCAUAGUUGGACAGAAGUUCAUUAACUUCUGAAGCAACUCUUUAUUUAUGCCUGACUCACCAAAGCUGAGAAUGUCUAAAGAGCUUUCACUUUGUUGCUUCUAAAGUUUGCCCCAGGCCGUAUCACUUGUAAUGAGAGCUUGGGCGGACUUAAUUCAUAGAUACCAGAAGUUCCAGAGCAUUAUUACCACACUGAGGGUUAGGGUUGAAUAUAAAGGAUAGCUGUGAUGAACUCAUACUUACUCAGGUGAGUAAGAAACGAGAUCGCCAGUUUCCAAACCAUGUUGCAGAGAAUCCCAGGGUUUCUUGGAAACAUAUUAAGGGUUCUUCUCCAAUUGGACGGUUAAGUGGUAACAGACAAGCUUUUUUUGCUUAAAACGCAUUAUUUAUUUAUUUCUGUAAGUAAUUCAUUGUUUUGACCAUAGGUCACAUCACAGAGCAUCAUAGGCAGAUUAAAAAGGGGGGUAUGUCAACAAAUGAUACAUAAGUAGUCCAUAUAACUCCAAUAAAAGAAACCAUCAUUCAAAGAUUGCACAAUAAAAUUCCCAUUGAUCCUUACGACAAACUGCUGUAUGAGUGUCUAGAUCAGACUGAUGUAGCUUGGCAGCCGCAAGAAGUAAAUAGAGCCACUUGCCCCAACCCCUUAUGAACCUGUUGCUAUUGGCAUGCUAAAACUCAAGCCAGUGGUCUAGUUCUAAUUAUAUAUAACAUUUAUAGUUUAACAUACAAUCUUGGCACAACAACAAAAGUAAACUACAAAAUCCACAUGAAAAGCUUGUGAUAUAAUCAGAAGUAUGUAUCUUUCUAGAAUCCUUUGGCAGUGUGGGGUUCCAUGGCAGAAAAGAUGGUGCAGGAAGGGUUUCCUGAAGGUAGAUGAUCUGAAAACUGGGGAGAUAGAUGUUGCAAUCAUGUCCUGCUUGUGAGCAUCUGUGAUACCUGGCUGGUAACUGUCAAAAGACAGAAUGGUGAGAUAAAUGAACCAUUAGCCUGAGUCAGCAUGGGUAUUCUUAAAAGUUCUUCCAUUCAUUAGGUUUGCAUCCAUAACCAAACACAUGGCAGAGUUAGAAAAUUGCUUUGGUCUUGUGUGCUUUGGAAAUUGUCUCAUUCUGUUGUUGAUUUCAAUUAGAAAAAGGGUUGUUGUGUUGUGCUGGUUUGUUUGAUGGGCAUGUUUGAUGACUUCAGCACCACCUUCGAAAUCACAAAUCAACUAAGGGCUGAUUUGCAGUGAUCAUAGAAUAGUUUACAGGUUACUGUGAGCACUGAGAUCAUUCCUUCAUCACUCCCUCCCCCAGCUCAAGCAGAAGUGGCAAACCAUGAUCUCUGGCUUAACAUUACAUCCAAACCAGGGCUGUGGUUUGCUUCAGUCCAAACAGAUCACUAUUGGUAAGCCAAGAGCAGACCUUGGCUCUACAUCAUGGUUUGUUUGGAGUGAAACAAACCACAAUCCCGGGUUCAGGUGUAACACUAAACCAGGAGUCGUGGUUUUUUGCUCCUGCUGGUGCCGAGGGAAUAGUGAAGUGGGAGCCAUCUGGGCGCUCACGGUUAACCAUGGUGCACAAAUGCAGUCAGGUACAUUUGCCACCAGGAGUGGACUCUGGUUUCUGAAAAGGCAAAUGGUGCGAAGGGGAGGUAUAAGUUUGUAUACUUGUAGACAUACAUUGGGCGUUCUCAUUGACUCUCUGCAGAUUCCACCAUAUAUAAGGGAGUAGAUGUGCUUGCUUCCUAAAGUGCGAAUGGUCUGUAAGUGAUGAUAGCUUUGGGAAAGUAACUUAGAUCUUUGUCAUCAGAGCUCAGAUGGUCACUUGCAUUCAUUUGGAAACCAGGCUGAGGCUUUUAGCCUUUUUGCAGAACAGCGCAUGCUUAAAUCAAAAAGCAUAGAGGUCCCACAGUUGUUCAUGUUUGUUUCUUUACACCCUAAUGGGGUAAACGUCGCCCCUCACUUUGAAGCAGGACUUCAUUAUACAGAGCCUUUUUCACCUGCUGUUACUUUGGUGCUGAUGAGCAUGCCUGUGAAAGAUUGCACAUCGAAAUUCCUAACUAGCUCCGGGUGUUUAUGCUGCAAGUAUACUUGUCUAUUCAGAAGUAAGCCCUAUAAAAAAUAAGUCCCAUACUGCUUGUUAUUUUUAAUAGAUAGAGUGGUCAGGCCACUGGCAAAAUGGUGGUUAAUAAGACUCACCUGACCGGGUUGUUGUCAGGAUCACACAUGUGAAGUGUUUUGACCAUUUCAAAGAGAAAUAUUAUUAAGUAUUAUUGUUAGAUGGAAAGCAGCUUUGAGAAAAAACUCUGAUCUGUGUGAACCACAUUGGCAGUUGAUACAAAGAGCAGAGGUGCCAGAAUUCACUUGGUCGGAAGAAGACAAUUGAUGUCCAGCUGCACUGGCUCCCGGUGGAGUACAGGAUCAGGUUUAAGGCGCUGGUUUUAACCUUCAAAGCCCUAUACGGCCUAGGACCCUCGUACCUACGGGACCGCCUCUCCUGGUAUGCCCCACAGAGGAACUUACGGUCUUCAAAUAAAAACAUCUUGAAGGUCCCAGGCCACAGAUAGGUUAGGCUGGCCUCAACUAGAGCCAGGGCUUUUUCGGCUGUGGCUCCAAUCUGGUGGAACACUCUGCUACAAGAGACUAGGGCCCUACGGGACUUGACAUCUUUCCGCAGGGCCUGCAAGACAGAGCUGUUCCACCAGGCCUUUGAUCAGGGCGCAACCUGACUCCCUCCUUUGGCAAUCUUUACAAAACUUUAGUUUAUGGUUGCCAUCAAUUUUGAUUUUAAUUAAUUUUUAUAAUGUUUUUAUAAUGUUGCACUAUUUUAGUGUUGUUAGCCGCCCUGAGCCCGGCUUCGGCUGGGGAGGGCGGGAUAUAAAUAAAAUUUAUUAUUAUUAUUAUUUUAUUAAUGUCAAGGUAACUAGCUAGAUGCUCCAGGAAAGCUCACAGGUAGACUGUGGUUCUGUUUUAUGCUCUGGUAGUUUGAAGCAUGCCAUCUCUGAACAUAAGAGCAUGCAUUUCUGAAAACCAUGAUCAGAACCAAUCAAUAGGCCUAUCUUCCGUAUCACUUUUUAAAAAAACAUUUUAUGUUAGAUCCCAUCUCAAUAUCCUGUGGCAGUGAAUUCCAUUGGCUAAUUAUCCAUUGUGCAAGGAAUUGCUUGGUCAUAAACCAUGUGCCCAUUUGCUUCACUGGAAAACAUUUUUGAGUCCAUGUAAUUUUUCCAACCUGUUCCACAAUUCCACUGCCAAGUGUCUCCUCCAGGCUGCCAUAUUUUCUCUCUCACUUAAACCAAAAGUCCCUGGCAUCCCUUUUAUGUACCUCUUCCAGCUCCGUUCUACUGUAUUUUGUCUUCCAUUGUGCCUGCAUUUAGUGUGUGUGUGUGUGUGUGUCUAUUUGAUUGAUUUUGAAAAUUGCCUUUCGGAUUUUAUAUUGUUUGCUUCCUUGGGCAAUGCCCCCUGUAUGGAAAGUCUAAAUAGCUAGUUUGCUAAUGGGAAAUGGAGGAUAAGAAACGGUUGCCAUGUUUGUCUCGCCAGUGUGGUGCAUACUCUAGUUAUCUCAUAGAAUCAUAGAAUCAUAGAACUGUAGAGUUGGAAGGGACCCUGAGGAUCAUCUAGUCCAACCCCCUGCAAUGCAGGAAUAUGCAGCUGGUCCAUACAGGGAUCGAACCUGCAACCUUGGUGUUAUCAGCACCAUGGUCUAACCAACUGAGCUAUCCAGGCUCAACAUUGGCUCCCAAUACGUUUCCGAGCACAAUUCAAAGUAUUGGUGCUGACCUUUAAAGCCCUAAACUGCCUUGGCCCAGUAUACCUGAAGGAGCGUCUCCACCCCCAUCAUUCUACCCAGACACUGAGGUCCAGCGCUGAGGGCCUUCUGGCAGUUCCCUCACUGCGAGAAGCAAAGUUACAGGGAACCAGGCAGAGGGCCUUCUCGGUAGUGGCACCCGCCCUGUGGAACGCCCUCCCACCAGAUGUCAAAGAGAACAACUACCAGACUUUUAGAAGACAUUGGAAGGCAGCUCUGUUUAGGGAACCUUUUAAUGUUUGAUGCAUUACUGUAUUUUAAUAUUUUUGUUGGAAGCCUCCCAGAGUUGCUGGGGAAGCCCAGCCAGAUGGGUGGGGUAUAAAUAAAUUAUUAUUAUUAUUAUUAUUUUAUUACUACACAGGUUUGAUGCUGGCUAUCCUAUGCUUGCGAGCACCUUUCUGUAGCAACCAAGCCAGUAAGAAAAGACCUUAGUGGCAACUUGACCUGAAUAUAGUACAGAUAUUGCAGUCUAGACAGAACCUGACUUUGUCACGGUAGCUCAGACUGCUGGGGGUUUAACCCACUUUGUAGGGACAGCAGUUCCUGAUCGUUCUCUCUCUCUCUCUCUCCCUCCCUCCCUCCCUCUCUCCUAGUCUAGCCUGGCGUGGCAAACUAGGUCAGGGGACGAAACAGCUUCAGCAGCAGCAGUUCAAGCAAGUGCACAAGAAGCAAGAGACUCUGUUGCUGCUGCAGACUCUCUUUAAAGUUUCCUGCUCCUCUGCUAGUUCAUACAGUGAAUUGCUGCUACGCACACAAACUCCCUCUUAACUUUUAAAACUGAAGGUUGUUUCUUAUUUUAAGGAAAGGAAUUCCCCCUCUCCCUUCUGCAGCCUGCUUCCCAGGAAUGUUGGGAAGAUUGAUUAGCUUCAUCAACGUAAUGUACUAUCUUAAUUGUUAAGUGUUAUUAAUUAUCUGAGAAAGGUAGGAGACAGAGGAGGUGGGUGGCCGGGCGAAAGGAGAGGGCUUUAUUUUUAUUUUUUGCAGGGUGUGUGUCCAGAUAAGCAGCAUGCGGAGCUAGUCUAAAUAGCCUUCUCUGUUGCUUUUGGCUAUUAGCUUUCAUUCUUGACUUUGGGGGUCACUUGGGUUUCUAUCUGGAGAGUUGGGGGCAGGGAGGGAGAGAGAGAGAGAGAGAGGCAGGACUGCUAGGCAAUGGUUUUGUAGAGCUGGCUCUGUGAGAGAGAGAGCUUUUGUUGCCUGCGCUUAGGCACAGAAGUGAUUAGAUUAUGAAGGCAGACAGAAGUAAUGAUUAACUUUUUCAGUCUGCAUGCUGUCUCCAGUCUGGCGCUCUGCGUUGUUUUCCCCCCUAAGUAGGCCCUGGCCCUGAGUCGACAGGGUAUUAGGUUGUAAAGAAAGGCAGAAGGGAAUGAAAGCCAGGGGGAGGAGGGAGGGGAAGAAGCGAAAAGGGGUAAGGAGGAAGGCUGGCGCUUUUCUUCCAUCGGAUCCGGGAAUGGAAUUUAUUGGCUGGAAUGCAGUAAACGUUCAACAUGCCAAACCUCUCCCCCCAUCUAAACAGUUUUCAUAAUUGUUAUUGGGGGGGGGGAAGGAUCUGGGCUGGAUGAGAACGGAGGGAGCAUGAAAAGAACUUUUUGUUUCCAAACUCAUAUAUAUAUAUAUUUGCUGCUUAUGUUUAUGCUUAAGGAACAUUUUCUUUCACUCUCUAGGAAAAUAACUGCUUUAGCCUUUUGGCUAAAAAAAAAAGAUGCCCUAAGUUUCGCUUUUUGCAGGCUGAGAACAUUUGAUCCGUGUGUUGCCGCUGAGAAGGGGUUCCUUUCUUCUGCCUCCUCUCUUUCUCCCUCUCUCUCUCUCCCAUUAGUAGAUUUGCAGAAAGUAUAGUGGAUUUGCAUGGAAUGUAACCAGGCAUUCAGCAGAGGACGAAAAAAGGCAAAAACUCCAAAUGCUGCUAGAGUGUUUAGUGUCAAAUUGGUAUACUGCACUGUACAGUACUGGCUUAUAUUUAAUGAUGCUGUUGUUGUUUUGGAAUUUGCAAAGUUUCUUAGCAUAGCUGUGCCGGAAGGUGGAAAAAGCAACAAAACUUAACAACCUAUCACAUGCAAAAAAGAAAGAACCACCCCAGAUGGGUGAUCAGUUUCAGUGAAAUCAGAUGUAGAUAUUCCAGGGUUUUUUUUGGUUCAGAUGCCACAUUGGUCACAAAAGUAGACCUCCCUAGAACCCAGUGAUGGCCACACUUGGCCCUCUAGCUGUUUUGGGACUACGACUCCCAUCAUCCCUAGCUAACAGGACCAGUGGUCAGGGAUGAUGGGAACUGUAGUCCCCCAAACAGCUGGAGGGCCAAGUUUGGCCAUCAAUGCCAUAAACCAUCCAGUGGAGGACGUGAAUUGGUUCUCCAUGUGAAAAAGGAGAUGACACAUAUUUUAAGUUUUUGUGAAUGAGAGAGAGAGAGAAGACUAUGCUGCUAUAGAGUGGGGGAAGAAUACAAAAUUGGUUUAAUACUCCCGCUGUUGUUAAUAUAACACGAGUUUAGAAUGAAAAGCGCCCUAUUUUUCGAUCAACGCAGAAGAUACUUGGAUUUACACAGGAGAAUCUGCCUUGGCGCUGGCACUGGAGAGGAUUAUUAUCAAUUUGUGAAGCUGUUUUGAAAUAGGUGCUGAAAUCCUUCUAUAAGGGGAUUGGGGUUACACGUUGGUUCUUGCUAGCACCUAGGCGGUUUUAUGCUUGCUGGUCUCUCGUUUGGUCAAGGUAUUAUACUGACAGACCCUGAGCACGACCAGUCUAAGCCAACUUGGCCAUUGGUCAAGGAUGAUGGGAGCUUGAGGGGGUUAGCAAGACUUGUAAGACCAGAGGUUUCGUAGUAUGUUGUGCUUUUCCUGCCUCCCCACUCUCUGGGCCCCACUCUCUGGGUCAGCCUAGCCUACCUCACAGGGUUGCUGUGAGGAUAAACAAAACUGGUGCACUCUCCCAAAAUGCAGUUGAGAUUUUUUAACAAUAAUGACUCCUUUCUGGAGCCAGAGAGGGAGGGGAAGGGGGGGAAACAACAAGAAGAGAGCUUUGGGGGAUAUUUAAGUAGAAGGAGAGAAGAGACACCAAGGAGGAAAUAAGGUUUUUGAAAUUAAAACUUCAAAAAUAAUUAGGCUGGGCUUCAUACCAAACAACAGCAAAGAGGGCCAUUUACUGUAAAUAUUAUGAAUGGAUUUGGCUGAGUUUCUCGAUCCCCGCCCUUCUAAGACUCCUUUUUCUUCUGAGCUAAGUAGAAACUCUGCCUUCAGACACCACAGAACUCUAUAAUUUGCAUGGCUGAUGAGGCCUGUUGCCUGGGACAGAGGAGGAUGGAGUCAGCUGGCUUUAGUCUAACCACCAGAGACAGCCAGGCCAAGCCUCCUUGCCGUGUGUGUGUGUGUGUGUUUUCCCCUAGCUAUAAAGCAUACUCAUUCGAGGACUCGGUGGCUUCUGCCUGCUGGCUUUUAAAAGAAAAUACAAUUAGGCUUUAAAAAGGAAUCCCCCCCCCCCGGCACCGCUCCAUCUUUCGUCUUCUUCCUCUUCGGAUCGUUUCGUAGCAAUUGUAAUUGAUUACUUGUCAUAAUUAGACAGCGGCAGUGACUAAUGAAGCAUUUAUGAAUCAAUGUAUGUUUGCUUUCCAAAGACCCCUUUUAAAAUGCUAGGAAAUGUAGGUCUUUCUGCUCUGCGAUCCCUCUCUAACGAUAGGACACAAAAUUUUGGCCGGGGCAGGGCAUGCAUUACGUUCUUGCAGCCCAUGGCACCAUUCACACAUUCGGCAAUAUGGGUACCUUUAAGGUGUGGUGAGGCAGUCAGGUCAUUGGCGCAUCUAACUUGGUGUUUUCUACAUUGCAUGCGCUUCCAUUGUGCUGCACAUGGAUGCUUCUGACACUGAUGCAAUGUCUAAAUGCAACACACACACACACACACACUCAUUUUCAUACACAAAGCUUAACUUUCAUUAUUCUUCAGCUGGGGAGGAGAGAUUGGAGGAGAGCACCACAUAGACAUUAUUCCUCAAAGCUGAUUAUUUUGGGUGGUGGGUGGGCUACUUGAGAAUUACUUGAAAAUUGUCUAGGGCGACCCCCCCUAAAGUGGGUUGAAUACGGUGUGGGAGAACACACACUUUCAUGUGAAACAUUGUGUCAUGCCAAGUAGGAGGUUGAGAUCCGUCAAGUGGAAUGUCAUUCACAAGUUAGAAUUGGCAGCCCCCACCCGGGGAUAAGAGAGGAUGGUGGUUUCAAGUAGACUUAGAAGUCCAUAUUUAGCCUGGAGGUUCAUAAAUCACACAUUUUUGGAGUUAUGCACCAUCCAUUCAGGUGGUCAGGAGAUCAUGGGAUUGUGAGGAUGAAACGGGGAGGUGGAGAAUCGUGUACACCACCUUGAGAUCCUUGGAAAUUAAGGGGGUGUAGGAAUGUAAUAAAUAUAAUACUACUAAUCUGGGUGGCUUGGGGGAAUGGAAGCCGUUAAACAGGUGUGCAUACAUGUUCCCAAACUGCUCUCUACAGAGAAAUUGUAGGGAGGGAUGUUUCAGUGAAACAGGAGACACUUCUGAGCAAGAAAGGUUGUUUGAUAGUGGAACUGGCCGUCUUGGGAGAUGAUGGGAUCUCCAUCGCUGGGAAUAUUUAAGCAGAGAGUAGGCCAUCUAUCAGUGUUGCUGCAAUGACAUCCUGCUUUGUAGAGCCGGCGUUGAGCAAGGGGGUUGGAAUAGAUGACCUUGCGGGGUCCCUUCCAAUGCUAAAAUGCUAUGACUUAACAACUUGGAGCUUGCUCUAAGUAAGUAGAGUCUCGCUCCCCCCAGAAGCCAAAUUCUGACCCAAAUUUACAUUGUUAUAUAUGGAAUACCUUUAUUUCAUUUGAUGGUGUGUCCAAGCAUGGUCUGAAGAAGAAGAGAGAAUGAACAUUACAUCAGCAGAAACUUAAAAAGGAUGGGGAUCAUUUUCAGAAACUUCAUAUGCUUUAGCUUGUAGGGUUACUUAGAGUAAUAACUGCCUAAUUAGCCACAGACACAAAUUUAUGCUCUGUUCUGGGGAUUAAAGGCCCCAUAAGCACCCAUUGACGCUGUGGAGUGUAAUGGCUCCUAAAGAGAUGGUGUGCUUUGUCAAUAGGUAAAGGUAAAGGGACCCCUGACCGUUAGGUCCAGUCACAGACGACUCUGGAGUUGCAGCGCUCAUCUCGCUUUACUGGCCAAGGGAGCUUCCAGGUCAUGUGGCCAGCAUGACUAAGCCACUUCUGGCAAACCAGAGCAGCGCACGGAAACGCUGUUUACCUUCCCACCAGAGUGGUACCUAUUUAUCUACUUGCACUUUGACGUGCUUUCAAACUGCAAGGUUGGCAGGAGCAGGGACCAAGCAACGGAAGCUCACCCCAUUGCAGGGAUUCGAACCACCAGCCUUCUGAUCGGCAAGCCAUAGGCUCUGUGGUUUAGACCACAGUGCGUCCCACUUUGUCUAAUCCACAGAUUAAGAACUCCCUUAAAUAUUUGUAACAUCACUGCCGGGUUGGGUCUUUGCAGCCUAGAGAUCCAGCAGUUUUGUACAAUUAGUGGUAGUACAGUGGUACCUCGGGUUACAUACGCUUCAGGUUACAUACGCUUCAGGUUACAGACUCCACUAACCCAGAAAUAUUACCUCGGGUUAAGAACUUUGCUUCAGGAUGAGAACAGAAAUUGCAUAGUGAUGGCGCGGCAGCAGCAGGAGGCCCCAUUAGCUAAAGUGGUGCUUCAGGUUAAGAACAGUUUCAGGUUAAGAACUGACGUCCGGAACGAAUUAAGUACUUAACCAGAGUACCACUGUAUUCAGAUGGUCCAUGGUCAAUCCUAGAAGGCAUUUCUUAUGUGGAACGACUCUUAGAAGAGUGUGCAAGUUAUGCUCUAGCUUAGUUAUUCAAUAACUGUUAAGAGAUCCUUUGCUUAGUAAACCUAGACUUAGAACAUAUGGUGGACCACAGGGAUUCUAGUACUAUACAGCAUUUUGAGCAAGAAUCAGGGCUAUGUGGUCCACAAGAAAGUGAAUGGACAGCGGUCCUUUGGUGGCCUUCCCUACUUUCUGCUCAGCAGUGGUUCUUAACAGUGGCAAUAUUUCAUCUGAGCAGGCUGUGAGGAGUAAGAUGGACGGAAGCUGGGAAAUGUCCUGAACUUGUCACUGAUGGUGGCAUUAGUUUAAUACACAGGCCCUUCUAAACUGAAGAACUUGAUCUCCUGGGGGCACAUAUUGUUCUGUUCUCUGUUGGCAUACCUAGGAGCCGGACAGAAUGGUGAAUGCAACAGGGAAAUGUGAUUAUAUUGAACUGUAUGAAACGAGCUUGCAAUUUACAUACGGACGUGAUGCAAGGAUCCACAAAUGCACUUACCAGCACGCCAUCUUUUCUUCCUUCCAUGACUAGGGAAGUGCAAGGACUGAUUCGAGGUGUCUGGUGGAAUGGCAGAGCCUCUCCCUAAUGUUGCACUGAACCUUAGGGAGAUAGUUGGGCAGCCCUGAGACAUUUUGCUGCCUUUUGAGUGUCUGAAGCACAGCAGAACCAGACCCAGUAUUUUAGUGCAGCGCUGCCCAAACUUGGGACUCCCGACUGUUUUUGGACUACAGUUCCCAGCUCUCCUGCCCAUUGGUCCUGCUAGCUAGGGAUGAUGGGAGUUGUAGUCCAAUAACAGCUUUAGUGUCUAAACAGUUUUAAUAUAUAUAAAAAUGUCCAGUAGCACCUUAGAGACCCAACUAAGUUUGUUCUUGGUAUAAGCUUUGGUGUGCAUGCACACUUCUUCAGAUACACGAAAGCUUAUACCAAGAACAAACUUAGUUGGCCUCUAAGGUGCUACUGGACAAUUUAUAUAUAUAUAUUUCGACUGCAUCAGACUAACACGGCUACCUACCUGAAUCUAAACAGUUUUAGUGUCUGUUGCUGGGAUAGCUAGCCUUGUGGUUGCACAUCCUGUGUUUUUUUACUUUUUUGUGAAUCUCCCUUGUACUAGUUACUGGAGGGAUGCCUUUGUCCAUCUCUCGGUUGCAGAAGGAACACUUGGUUAGGGAAGUAAAAGUGGCUCGGAAGUUCUUUUGAUGAGUUCAUUCCCUUUAAGCCAGCUUGGCUGUGUAGCGUUCCUGUCCUUUUAUUCUUAGUCUGCUUUGUUAUCUAGGUGCAUUUGCAAUACUAUAUUUACUAAGAGAUUCCUAGACGUUGCCUCUGUGGGCUAGGCAUUGCUUCAGCUUUUUCUCACGUGACAUCUCUAUUCACACUUUCCCUUGACUGCCAUUUGCUCACCAACGUUUUGCUUGAUGUGCUGAGCCCAAAAGUGGAUCCAGAACUGUUUUGUGUACAUCUAACUAUUUUUUUUUUUAUUAACUUGGGGUGGGGUCUCUGGAGGCAUAUAUUAGCAUUUCAAAUUCUAUCUACAAUUAUAUUAAUAAUUAACUGCAACCAGAAAUCCCUUUGAAUCUGUUCUUGGCGAUUUAGUUGGGAAUUCUUUACUACAGCUACAGGGGAGUAAAUUCAGGGAUGCAGUAAAGCCUCAGCCUUUUCCAGACCUAGUGUCUUCCAGACGCUUUGUACUACGAACCCAUCAGCCCCAACAAUUAGCCAUGCUGGCUAGGACUCAUGGGAGUUGUAGUCCAAAACACACCAGGAUGGGGUGUCUGUACUGUCCGAGAUACCUUUAUUAUCACAGAGUUUUAUACUUUUAUGGCUAGCUAUAGAUACAAUGGACCCACAGAAAUUAUAUAUGUUAUUACUCUGUUGGUAACUUCUAGAAAAAUUAAUUUUUCUCUGUAUCUUCAAAUUGUUUUCAGUCUCUAAUAUUGUGAAUGCUCAUUCUUUAACCUCUUGCAGUGAGUGCAGAAGUAAGCCGGGGGCGCAUAUUGACAUCUUUCCUAGGUUAGGACACUUAAUCACAGUUUUGGGACUCUUAACUGGUCUUGAUAAUUUCAAGGCUGCUGUGGAUGCGCAUUGUUUGAAUACGCCACUGUGGAAGUGUACAACUCCUGUUGUAUGCACAAGAACAAUUUCCUGUCCAGGAUUGGCUUCAAGAGGAAAUGUUUCUUUCCAUUUUAAAAGUUGGCUAUGCAGAGCACUGACUGGCGAGCACUUGUGACGUCACCGCUCCAUCUCAUCUGCAGAGCAGUUUCACAACUCUUUUUAAUGGAUGUUAUUUUCUGUUUAAGUAAAAUGGUGAAGAUUUAAAUUAAUAAACAUUUUUUAAAAUGUUUAAAGGCACGCAGCCCAUCUUAAGAUUGUUGUGCAUGCAUGGGUAUGUCUGUCGAAUGGGUUGCAAAGGUGAGGAAGUGGGGUUUUUUACCCUUGAUGCUGGCAAUCUCAGAACUAAGAAGACUCUGCUACAGAUUGAAUGCAGCACGAAUGGGCAAACAGUAGCUUGUCACCUGCCUCAUUCAUGAACAUGAUAAGCAAAUUACGCUAAUUGCAUGCAGCUGAAAAUGCAAAUGAGCUUUGAUUCUCUUAUCUCAUGAUAUAUUACUAAUCUGGCCUUUGGUUCUGAACGAAUUGCCCAACCAUGGCACUGAAUAAUGAGACCAUCUGCACGGUUGGCUCCCCAGGGACAGCUGGAACUACUGCUGGCUGUUCCAGUGCUAAGUCCCAUUUUACAGUGAACUGCAACUGGGGAAGCGAGAAUUGCAGAGAUAAAGGCGCAUUGCAUGACAAUGAGCAGCCAGUGAGUCUUUGAUCUGCAGCCCUGGUUGGCCUCACUUGGUCUGCAUUCUGAUGUGCACCCAAGUAGUUGCAACCCAUGAUAACUGACUGCUGGUAAGAUUCCUUUGGUCUGUUGUGGAUGCUUAGAGCUCCCAGGGACAAACCAGCCUGAGAAACAACGCAAAGGCAGGCAAUGAAAUUGCACGCCACAAUUUGAUGUUUGUGCUUAAUCCGCUUCACACUUUUGUAACGCCCACCAGUUUCCUAACUGCAAAAAAAGAAAAAAGAUUUCGUUUUGAAGUGGAUUUGUUGCUCUUAAGGCACCCAGAGUAUAUCUUAAUCCUUUUCAGUUGCACGAACCUAAAUUUAUGGUGUGCGCUUGACUCCUUCCUGCAAAAUAGCAACAGUCUUGGAGGCACACCUCAUCUAAAAUCUUGGAGUGUGCAUGAUCUUGAGCAGGGGUCAGCAAACUUUUUCAGCAGGGGGCCAGUCCACUGUCCCUCAGACCUUGUGGGGGGCCGGACUAUAUUUUGAAAAAAAUAAUAAUAAACAAAUUCCCUUGCCCCACAAAUAACCCAGAGAUGCAUUUUAAAUAAAAGCACUCGUGUAAAAACACGCUGAUUCCCGGACCGCUUGCGGGCCUGAUUGAGAAGGCGAUUGGGCCGGAUCCGGCCCCCGGGUCUUAGUUUGUCUACCCACGAUCUUGAGAGUCUCCUUGCCACCAGAGAUGGCAGUGCAAGUGGCCAUUCACACUGGGGGGAAGUUACCGCUUAGUCAAGGAUCAUAAUGCACCCAUCCAGUAGCUCCACAUCACACUGUGUGUGUGUGUGUGUGUGUGUGUGUGUGUGUGUGUGUGCGUGUGUGCGCAUGUACGCCCGCCACCCAUGUAGGAAAUUUGACGUUCAAGGAGGUCACUGAAACCUGCCUGUGUGGUGAGUUCUUAGCUGUAAGGGACAUAUAAAUGGAGAAGUCUCGCUGUCUGGCACACACAAACACCAGAGCGAGAGAGAGAGGAGCCUGCAAUUUAUCUAGGCUCAGCAAUUAACAUAAUCUGAAAACUUCUCUUUAACUGACGUCUGUCUGAAAAUUGCUGGGUGGACUGGCGGGGCCAAGGAGAUGAAAGGGAAAGAAUGCCGUCGGAGGGAUUUUCUUUCAUGAAAUAGGGGAGCUACAGAAAGAAAGGUCCUUCUGCGCAGAUACACAGAUAGAGAUGUUCACACACAGACAUUCCCUGCCUUUGGUUCUCGCUUUGCUUUUGCCUUUCAUGAAAGCAUUCUCAAAACCCCAACCCCCCCUUUAACCUGGGAAAUACUUCUGUACCUUUUCUAUUUUUUUAUAUCUGUAUAAAAAGAAAUAUACAUCCCCUUUGUUAUUCUGCACCGACGACUACAUUUGAAGUAGUUCUGGAGAGUUUAGGUUAAAGGUAAUUUGAUAUGAGCGUUCUUCGCCUAUCCCUCCAGCCCUUUUCAACCCCCUCCCCUUAACUCGGCUUCUCUCCCCCCACGUUUUCGGUGCCAGGUUUCAGUGGGAUAGUUUUAUUGAAACAAAGAAUUGUGAGGCACAGAAAAGGGAACUGUUGGAGGCGGCCGGGGGGUGGGUGGGCAAAGAGCUGAAAGACAAAAUCAAGGCCUACCUCAAAAAUACGGGCAGCCCAUCCCACAGGCCUGAGCAGUUUAAGGGAGAGGGUCUUCCGCCCCCUGGUCCCCAGGGAUGGGUUGUAAAUUUUAUCUUUCUUAAUUCCCAAAACGCUGCCUCCCCUCUCUUUCUUUUUUUAUAAAUAGAAGCUGCCUCAAGCUACCAAGGAAAUAUUUUCCUAGCCGGCAUUUAAAGGAGGAAAUUGCACAACACUGUUCCCUCCCUCUAAAUGUGGUUGUUGGGGUCUUUUUUUAAAAAAGUAUUGCAAACUGAAUAUACAGCUCUCAGAUCAGGGGAGGGCUGGCUUCAAGGAGUUGGAAGUGGGCACAGAAAAUGGAGCUGCAGAACGAUGUGCUUUUGGCUCCGUCAAUAGGUUUCCUCGAUGGCGUAGCUGCCAGCUUGAAAAGCACUCCCCCGACAUCACAAGCUCAGUGUAGGAAAACUUGGUCUCGCAGGGAUCCUUCCCGGGAAAUAGUCGAGAGGAAGAUGGGAUGCUGCUGCGUUCAGAGUCUGACCAUUGGUCCAUUCUAGCUCAAGACUGUCUACUUGGACUGGGAUUGAACUUGGCACCUUCUGCAUGCCAAGCGAGAGCUCUACCACUGAGCUACAGCUCUUUCCUGCCUCUCAUGGUUUGGUUUGCCUCCAUGGUUUGGUUUUCUUGUCAACGCGGGAGCCACAACUGAGGAGAAGCGUCAACUCUGCUGAUGGUGACGUCUGAGGCAGGUCUUCCUCAUGCCACCCUUAUUUAUUUUUUAAUGUUGUUGGCCUCCAGGAUGAAAACGGCAAAGCACCAUAGAUCCUAAAUAUUUGAUUAGGGCAUAAAUUCUGUUUUAUAGUAUUCUCGGCUUGCUUCUAUGUUGUGGCUAUGGGGCCACAGGCUUCUAUGCGCACGGCAUUGUAAGCAUUGGUGAUGGUAGACUUGAGUUUGCACCUAGGGAGGCUGCACAACUGGGUUAUCACCCUGAACUGGCAACCCGCUUGACAGCGCGCAUGAAGCUGGGACACCCGAUUCAAUUUAGUGCACACAUUUUCUCGGUAGUCCAUGCAUCUAAGCAACCUGUGGAUUUGCCACACCUUUCUCUGAACGGAAGUGGGCAGCCUUUUGGCACAGAUACUCUGCAGUGUGCGUAGGAUUGAUCAGGGAAAAUAAGCAAGGUGCAAAUGCCACAGUAAACUGUUGUAGAGGGUGAUUUUGGAGCAAAAUGUUCACAUGCUCCUGACUGCUGUUUUAACACCCAGGGAUGUUAUGGCAGGUUCGUGAGGACUCUGGUGGAAAUAUUCUUGAGUUGUGAGACCCCCCUGGCCUGCUCUCCCCAUUUUCUGUCCCUUUUAUUAAAAGGAAACUUUGCAUAGGGUUAAUAGUUCCCAGGCCUUUGUAAGUCUGUAAAUAGCAUUAUGGAAUUUCUGGGUAAUCAGAACAGAGCUGAUGUGCUCUGCAAGUUGCCUAGCACUUUGAAAGAGGGAUUUGGAGUCAAGGCUUCCCUCCAGCACCCUGGUGAUAAUUGCCUCCUUUACCCAGUUUAGCAAUAGAGGCAGAGUUGAGAAAGAGAGGGAAGCAGAUUUCCCCACCCCCUUCCCCCCCCUCCACCCCACUGCAUUUUUUUGCUAACAAAUGCAAGACUUCCGGUCUCCACCCCUGCUACCACAAACCACAGUCUAACUGCAAUUCAAUCAGAUUUAUAGCUCAUCUGACGUCUGCAUCCUUGAGCAUUUAUGACCAGCGAUCUGGCUAUAGGCUUAAAUAAGGCCCGUAAAUUAUAGCAGAUGAUCUUGCCCUACCUCCCCAGUCUGGAUGGAGCUAUGGUUAACUCUCCUUUUAUGUCUCCCUCCCUCCCUCCAAGACGAGAGGAAAAUUUAUUAUAUGAAGGAAAGCUAGGGAUUGGCUUUUAAGAACAGGAUGAUGUACGCGGCGGGUUAGUCUGUGCGAUCCCUCGCUGUCAGCCCUGCUUACCCACAUUUGACAUCACGAAAGAUGUCUGCGGCUGAUUAGCAGGUCUUUGGUAUUAUGUUAUCUGCCAUUGAUUUGCCGUUGGCUUAAACUGAAUGACUGUGUUCACGACCUGAAGGCUGCAGCCAGGCUGCAGGGUGGGGGUGAGGAUAAAUCAGUUACGGGAGAUGCAAGGUGGCACGUUGUGCUUCAGCCAGUUCCUUUACCACAACAUGAUUUGAUUGGCCCGAUUCUGGAAUAAUCUAGACCAGUGUUUCCCCAAACUUAGUGGGUCUCCAGCGGUUUUUGGACUACAACUCCCAUCAUCCCUAGGUAGCAAGACCAGUGGUCAGGGAUGAUGGGAAUUGUAGUCUGGAGAUCCAGGCUUGGGGAAACACUGGUCUAGACCAUAGCUGUCAACGUUUCCCUUUUUAAAAGGGAAAUUCCCUUAUUCCAAAUAGGAUUCCUCGCAAGAAAAGGGAAAAGUUGACAGCUAUGGUCUAAACAGUGGGGAAUGGAACCAGGGUAGGAGGAAUAGCCAGAGCAGCAGCAGCAGUGAUUAGUCCCAGAUACUUCGCUUUUUAAAAGUUCUGCAGUGUUUUGGUCAUAGGGAGCUUGGUUCAGCUCUCCACGAAUCCAUUCAUUCACACUGACUGUUAUUGACACAGAAGUGAUGCGAUGAAGCAUCACAUGGCAUACAGAGAGCCCUGCUGGAUCGUCCAGCAUAGAGUUGGCCAAGGGUCAUCUAGUCCAACCCCCUGCAAUGCAGGAAUGUCCCAUACAGGGAUUGAAUCUGCAACCUUGGCAUUACCAGCACCAUGCUCUAACCAACUGAGCUAUCAUGCUGUUUCUAAACCAUGGGCAGCUCAAUGCCUCUGGGAAGCCCACAAGCUGGGCAUGGAAGCAACAGUCAUGCCCAACACCUGGCGCCCAGAGGCCUCCUUCUCCAAAGGUGGAGAUCUUGUUUAGCUCUUAUGACUUCGAACAUAGUAACAGCUUUUCACUGAAGGGAGGAACGGGAAUCCUGAGCUGCAAAAACAGCCAGAAAAGCUUUCCUAUAGAAGUAUCCUGCUCUUCUGAACAUGUGGGUGUUGCCAAAGGAGCCACAGUCACACCAUAUGGCAGAAGCACAGUGGCCAGUCAACUGGUGGCGACUUUGCAUUCUUGCUGCCACAUCAAAAUGGUUCCCCGAAUCAUGUCCAAUGUUCGCCCAUAACAUCAGCCAGGGAGGGAUUUGCAAUGCAUUCAUUCUAGCCACAUAGAACUCUUUCCUUCUUGCUGACUACAGGAUCCAAUUAAAACCCAGAGACUCUUACUUAUGUGUAUUUGUGUGUGUGUGUGGGGGGGAAAUAGUUCUCUUAGAGCCCACACUCCCCAAAUAUUUAAUGAUUUGUAAGCCCAAUUCUCUAAUGUUUAGCUGCAAACUACUUUGCAUUUGGGUUAAUUGAUUCCAUAAUAAGACAGUUGCAGAAUAAACGAGGAAGAUGUUUGGUCUCUGUUGGAUUCAUGCAAAUGAAUGUGUGUAUUCUGUUUGUAGCUAAAAACAUGAAUUAUCUGGUACACUUAGUGGAAAGGAGGAGGGUUGGUGGGCCUGGGAAGACAAAUGAAGGGGCUUUGUAGAUCUGUUGUGACUAUCUGGGUGGAGCCUGUGGCUGAGCUGGCAGAACGAACACAUGUUUUGAAUGCAGAGGGUUCCAGGUUCAGACCUUGUUAGCCCAAGACUUGUAGCGCAGGUACCAGUCAGUACAGUGGUACCUCAGGUUAAGUACUUAAUUCAUUCUGGAGGUCCGUACUUAACCUGAAACUGUUCUUAACCUGAAGCACCACUUUAGCUAAUGGGGCCUCCUGCUGCUGCCGUGCCGGCGGAGCAUGAUUUCUUUUCUCUCCCUGAAGCAAAGUUCUCAACCUGAAGCACUAUUUCUGGGUUAGAGGAGUCUGUAACCUGAAGUGUAUGUAACCUGAAGCAUAUGUAACCUGAGGUACCAUGUACUGAGCUAGAGUUCAUAAGAGAGCUUUAUAUGUUCAUUAAAUGUAUAGUUGUUCAUAUUCUGUGUUGUUGUUGUUAUUGAUGAUGAUGAUGUUUUGUUGUGAGGUUAAACUUUGGUCUCCCAUCUUCUCUCCCUCCAGAUUCCCACGUUCUGCAAGAUCCAGGGGAUCCUUCACACUGGUGCGUGGUUGCAUACUGGGAAGAAAAAACACGCGUGGGCCGGCUGUAUUCUGUCCAAGAACCGUCCCUGGAUAUCUUCUAUGAUCUACCUCAGGGGAAUGGCUUCUGCCUCGGACAGCUCAACUCGGACAAUAAAAGCCAGCUGGUGCAGAAAGUCCGCAGCAAGAUUGGCUACGGCAUCCAGCUGACCAAGGAGGUCGACGGGGUGUGGGUUUAUAACCGCAGCAGUUACCCCAUUUUCAUCAAGUCGGCCACACUGGACAAUCCCGACUCCAGGACGUUGCUAGUGCACAAGGUGUUCCCAGGCUUUUCCAUCAAAGCGUUUGACUACGAGAAAGCGUACAGCUUGCAGAGGCCCAAUGAUCACGAAUUCAUGCAGCAGCCGUGGACUGGCUUCACCGUUCAGAUCAGCUUUGUGAAAGGCUGGGGCCAGUGUUAUACGAGACAGUUCAUCAGCAGUUGCCCUUGCUGGUUGGAGGUUAUUUUCAAUAACCGAUGAUGACUCAAGAGACUUAGGCCGGACUCAACAAUGACCUUUUAUAACUACUUUGCUGCUAAAUAUCUCCUUCUGAGUGCUUGCUUUUUCAUGCAAACUUUUUUUGUUCGUUUGUUUUCUGUUUUGAGAAAUAGCUUAUGGAAAGAUUUCUCUCUCUGUGUUUCUUUUCCUUUUCUUUUUUUUUCAGUUUUGGUAUUUCGAUAAGUUUCUUUUCUUCUUUAAAGUGUGAAUGACCAAUAACUCAGAAGGGGGAAAGGAAGGCACCUGGGGUGGGGUGGAGUGGAGGAGAGUUUCACUUGAACGUACUUCAUUCAUUAGUGGGUCAUUUUGUACCCUUUAAGUUAUUAUUGCCCGAACGUGGUGGGAGGAAUUGGACACAGCUUGGUUUAUACAUAGCUCCCUCUCAAAUUCAAACAGUGGUACAGGUUCCUGCCCCCCUUCCUCACACCCUCUUGGUGAACACACAUCAAUUUGGAGACCUGUGUUUGCUCCCAGAGUUCUUGCGCACGUGGCUUUUACCCUGCUUGUUUCAGUCGAGGGAUCAGAUCUACACAUGCACAAUGAGGGAUACAACGAAUGGGAAGGCUGGAGAGCUCCAAACGCACAUUGGAGUUACCAUGCUUUUAGGAAGGAAAGGAGGAUAUCCUCUUUGGUUUGCCUUGCAAACUCGGUGCUAAACCGUUUGCAGGAGUCUGCCGCUGUGCGAUGCCUUCGUGCCGAUCUCGAAGCAACAUGCAUUUCAUUUCGCUGCAGCUUCUGCCCUUUGUAGCAGAUCAAUCCAUCUGCUGUUUGUCACAAACACACCAACUCCUUUGCUGGUAUGAAGGAAGCCGACCCUCUGCGGCGACGGAAAACCCAUUGUGGGUCCCUGGUGCAGAGUGAAUGUCCACAGCCCACGUAAAGGCAAGCAGAGUCAGAUUAGGGAGCAAACGCAGCCGAGAAAAUCUUUUGCCAACAAUCUUACAACCUUUUCUUCUCUUUUUCUCCCCCCUUCCUGCCCUCUCCACUGCGGUCAUCUGCUGCUUCAACACUUCAUGUCUGUGUCAUUUGGGGGUGGGGGCGAGAAGCAUGGGCUCGGAAGGGCAUGCCCAUUUUCCCAUUGCGCUUAGUGAUCAUUUGUGAUGCCAGGAAAACAAUUAAGGUGCAUGGCCUGUGCUUUUCAAAUUGAUCUGCGAUGCAGACUUGUUUGAGACCUUUUUCUUUUUUUUUAAUAAAAAAAAAAAGACGAAAGGGAAUUUCAGUAUUUAUCCCCUUGUAACCUGCCCUGAUCAGGCUUGCAACAGUACUGUUCGCAUCCAGAAAUUGCAGUCAUUCAUUUAUUUCUUCUUGAAUUCAUACACUUAGUAUGAUAAUUUUACACUGUUCUUAGCUCAAUGAGCAUGUUUAGACCUUAACAUAAGCUAUUUUUCUAAAUAUAAAAGGUUUAAGUGAACAAGAGAAGCAUUCUCAUUGGAAUUUUAGCAUUGAAGUGCUUUGGAAAACAAAAAAACAAAACAACAACAAAAAAGAGACUCCUUUAAAAAAAGAAACCCUGAGAUUUAUUAAAGAAAAAAAUGUAUUUUAUGUUAUAUAUAAAUAUAUUAUUACUUGUAAAUAUAAAGACGUUUUAUAAGCAUCAUUAUUUAUGUAUUGUGCAAUGUGUAUAAACAAGAAAUAAGAAAAGAUGCACUUUGCUUUAAUAUAAAUGCAAAUAACAAAAUGCCAAAUU